GCAUUCCCAACCUCGCCUCGGGUGGAGGGAUUGCGAGGAGGGAAAGCAAAACUACACGGCCUCUAUUCUGUGUAGUUUUGUUUUUUUUUCGGGGGAUAUUUCGAGGCUCGACCGUUCUCAUCUUGGAUUUUUCUGGAAAAACCUUCCUGGAUAAGGAGACCGUUGCUCGUUGCUCUGACGGGCUCCGUCCCAUCAUUUCAGGCACUCUUGUGAUACAAGGUGCCGAUCAUCAUGUCAACUCAAGCACCGACGUUCACGCAGCCGCUACAGAGCGUCGUGGCACUGGAGGGUAGUGCCGCCACGUUCGAGGCUCAAGUUAGUGGUUCUCCAGUUCCUGAGGUGAGCUGGUUCCGUGAUGGCCAGGUACUUUCUGCUGCCGCUCUGCCCGGCGUUCAGAUCUCGUUCAGCGAUGGCCGCGCUGUUCUGAGGAUUCCUGCUGUGACCGCCGCGCACAGCGGACGAUUUUCUGUCAGAGCCACCAACGGUGCUGGACAAGCCACAAGCACAGCCGAACUCUUAGUUACAGCGGAGACGGUGCCUCCGAGCUUCAUUCAGAGACUACAGAGCUCCACGGUGAGACAGGGCAGCCAAGUGAGGCUGGAUGUUCGAGUCACCGGGAUCCCCGCACCUGGGGUAAAAUUCUACAGAGAAGGGGCCGAGAUCCAGAGCUCCACCGACUUCAGAAUCAUCCAGGACGGAGACCUGCACAGCUUGCUGAUUGCUGAAGCCUUCCCAGAGGAUUCUGGGACGUAUUCGGUGACAGCCACCAACAGCAGCGGACGGGCCACCUCCACAGCCGAACUGCUGGUUCAGGGCGAAGAAGCCGUUCCAGCAAAGAAAACAAAGACCUUGAUUUCAACCGCCCAGAUUUCAGAGACCCGACACACCAGAGUAGAAAAGAAGAUGGAGGCCAGUUUCCAGGCCUCCGGCAUGAUGGAGAUGCAGAUAGAGGGCGCAGAGCUGGCUCACAAGACUCCACCCAGAGUUCCUCCGAAACCCACAUCCAAGUCACCAACUCAGCCAUCACUGGUGGCCAAGGUGACCGGGGGACGGCAACAGUCACCGUCACCUGUCAGACAUGUGAAGGCACCCACACCCACGCCUGUCAGGUCAGUCCCGUCCCCUAUCGCCGCACACAAGCAGGCCGCCGGUGACGUCCUCCCGCCCUGGAAGCAGGAAGACUACGUGGCCGAGGGCAGGACUGUCACUCAGUUGGUCCGGGAGCAGCAGGUCACCAUGGUCAAACAGGCUGAGGGAGGGAAAAGAGCGGGGGCAGUGGCCACCGUGGUGGCUGCCGUCGACCUCGCUCGUGUCCGUCAGCCCGCGCUUGUCGAGGGGGGUCGAGCUGAAGAGGACGAGGCUGUAGAGGUGGAUUUAAGGCAGCAGGCCGCCGCCGUGGCUGCUGAUCAAAGCUAUCAAGCUGCUUUGACAUCAACAAGAGUGCAAAGUGGGCACAUGCUUUCUACUGCUCAGGAGUUUACACGUGAAGCAGCCGUGCUGCAGCCUCAGAUUCAGGGAGUGACAGAAAUCUCCUCCCGUGUGGACACUGGUCUCACCCCGUCUCCAGUUCCACAAUUCACAGUUUCUAAAGUGUCUGUCCCAAAACUCGAGUCUAGCAGUGAGGUUUCCAUCGCCGGCUCGGCCAUGGCCACUCUGCACAAAGAGUUAUCCUCGUCUUCUGCCACUAUUCGAAAGAUCAUCAAGCCUGUCAAGUCUCCCAGUCCAUCUCGCAGAGUAGCAGAGACCAGAGAGAUGCUGGAGACCAUCCCACCACCGUUCAAACACUUCACUGACAAAUAUCAGAGUCGUUCUGGCUCUGAGUUACAGACCGGGGUGGUGUACUCAGGCAGAAUGGAGAGAAUGUAUGAGGACUGGGGAGCCCAGGUGGUGGAGGCAGCUGCGGUGCCUUCUGCCGGUGGUGCCGUGGUCCCUCCCACGCUGAUUUCUGGAUUGAAGAACACAAAUGUGAUCGAGGGCGAGUCUGUGACCCUGGAGUGCCAGAUCAGCGGUCAUCCCACCCCCAUCAUUAUGUGGUUCAGAGAGGACUACAAGAUUGAGAGCUCCAUUGAUUUCCAGAUCACCUACGAGAACGGAUUUGCCAGACUGGUGAUCCGUGAAGCAUUCGCUGAAGACAGCGGCCGCUUCACCUGCACAGCUACCAAUGAGGCGGGAACUGUCAGCACGUCCUGUUACCUGCUUGUCCAGGUGUCUGAAGACAUCGAGAGCAGAGAGGAGAUUGCUGUUGUUACAGAACAUGUUGAAACUGCUCAAUUAAGAGAAACCAGAGAGGAGACCCAGGUGAGCAUGGUGGAGUCAGAGUCUGCUGCUGCUGCUCCCUUCUUUAUCAAGAAACCCACCAUCCAGAAGCUAGUGGAGGGUGGAAGUGUUGUGUUUGAAUGUCAGAUUGGGGGAAGCCCCAAACCACACAUCAUCUGGAAGAAGAGUGGUGUCCCACUCACUACCGGAUACAGAUACAAAGUUGCCUACAAGAAGGAGACUGGAGAGUGCCGUUUAGAGAUCUCCAUGACCUUCGCCGAUGAUGCUGGAGAAUAUGCCGUGUUUGCCAAGAAUAAGCUUGGAGAAGUCUCUGCCUCCGCCAGUCUGCUGGAGGAAGAGGAAUAUGAAGCCUACAUGAAGAAACAGGAAGCAAUGUUUAAGACUGAAGUGACAUCCAUUGUGCAAGAGCCCAAGGUGGGAGAUAUUCCCCCUGUCACUGUCACAACAAUGGAGAAGAUAACCACCACCAUUAUCUCUGGACAGGAAUUCCAUCUGUCUGUCAUCGAGCAGAGGAUCAUCCAGGAGAUUGAGUUUACCAUUAUGAAAAUCAGCUACAGAGAGAUUGUGACAGAGGACGGAGAGUUGAUGGUGACUGCCACUGAGACUGAGGCGGUACAGCCAGCCUUUGACACGCCAGUGAAAAGUUACAGGAUCAUGGAGGGGAUGAGCGCUACUUUCCACUGCAAGAUGUCUGGAAUGCCGCUCCCCAAGAUUGCUUGGUUCAAAGAUGGCCAGCGUAUUAGGGCUGGAGACCAUUACCAAAUAGAGGUUCUUCAGGAUGGACGGGCCAGCCUUCGCCUGCCUGUAGUGAUACCCGAAGAUGAAGGCGUGUACACCGCGUUUGCCACCAACAUGAAGGGUAAUGCUGUCAGUUCUGGGAAGCUCUAUGUGGAGCCAUGUGAAACAGUAACACCUCAGCAAUUCACACCACAGCCAGCAGUGCAGAGGAUCAGGUCCACAUCUCCUCGCUCUCUGAGCCGCUCACCUGGCCGUUCUCCCAGUCGUUCACCUGGACGUUCUCCUGCUCGUCGGCUAGAUGAGACUGAUGAGGCUCAGCUAGAAAGACUCUACAAGCCUGUUUUUGUCAUGAAGCCUUCAUCAUAUAAAUGUUCUGAGGGACAAACUGCCAGAUUUGACCUGAAGGUUGUGGGCAGACCAAUGCCUGAGACGUACUGGUUCCACAAUGGGCAACAAAUAGUUAGUGACCACACCCACAAGAUCGUGGUUAAAGAGGAUGGCACUCAGUCCCUGAUCAUCGUCCCAGCUUUGCCACAAGACUCCGGGGAGUGGACUGUGGUGGCUCAGAACAGAGCUGGACGCACAUCCAUCUCCGUCACUCUCGCUGUUGAUGCCAAGGAAACCCUGGUGCGUCCACAGUUCACUGAGAAACUGAGGAACAUCAGUGUGAAGCAGGGCACUCUGGUUGAACUGGCUGUCAAAGCCAUUGGAAACCCACUGCCUGAUAUCGUCUGGCUGAAGAACAGCGACAUCAUCACCCCACACAAGCACCCAAGCAUCAAGAUUGAAGGAACCAGAGGAGAGGCUAAAUUCCAGAUCCCAUCAGCAGCUGGCUCAGACAGCGCCUGGUACACCGCUACAGCCAUCAAUAAGGCUGGCAGAGAUACCACUCGCUGCAGAGUCAAUGUUGAGGUGGAAUAUGCUGAGCCUGAACCAGAGAGGAAACUCAUCAUUCCCAAAGGAACAUACAAAGCCAAAGAGAUCGCUCCUCCAGAGGUGGAGCCGCUUCAUCUGCGAUAUGGUCAAGAGCAAUGGGAGGAAGGCGACCUUUAUGACAAAGAGAAGCAGCAAAAACCACAGUUCAAGAAGAAGCUGACAUCUGUCCGCAUGAAGCGCUUCGGUCCAGCUCAUUUUGAGUGCAGACUGACUCCUAUUGGUGACCCCACAAUGGUGGUGGAGUGGCUGCACGACGGCAAACCUCUGGCUGCUGCUAACAGAUUGCGCAUGGUGAAUGAAUUUGGUUACUGCAGCCUGGACUAUGAAGCCGCUUAUGCUAGAGACAGCGGCGUCAUUACCUGCAGAGCGACCAACAAGUACGGAGUUGACCAAACCUCAGCCACCCUGAUUGUCAAGGAUGAGAAGGGCCUUGUUGAGGAAACACAACUUCCUGAAGGAAGGAAAGGUGCCCACCGGAUCGAUGAGAUAGAGCGUUUGGCUCAUGAAGGUGGACCUUAUGGAGUCACUGCUGAAGAAGAAACAGAGAAGAUGAAGCCUGAGAUCGUCCUUGUUCCAGAACCAAUCAGAGUUUUAGAGGGUGAAACGGCUCGAUUCCGCUGCAGAGUGACCGGAUAUCCAGCACCAAAAGUUAACUGGUACCUCAAUGGACAACUUAUCCGCAAAAGCAAGAGAUACAGACUUCGCUAUGAUGGCAUUUACUACUUGGAGAUAACUGACAUCAAAUCAUAUGAUUCAGGGGAGGUCAGAGUCGUAGCAGAUAACAAUCUGGGCUCCGUUGAGCACGUCGUAAAACUGGAGAUUCAGCAGAAGGAGGACUUCAGAACUCAUCUGCGCCGUGCCCCUGAGGCUAAGCCAGCCGAGGCUGCACCUGAACCUGGAAAAGUACCAUUUGAGGUAGUUAAAGCUGAAAAGCCUACAGAGGACACUCAGCUGAAAGAGGUCGUCAAACUCAAGAAGGCCCAGAGAAUUGUCCAUGAGAAAGCCAGUGAGGAGUCAGAGGAGCUGAGGAGUAAGUUCAAGCGCAGGACAGAGGAAGGCUAUUACGAGUCUAUUACCGCAGUGGAUCUCAAGUCUCGCAAGAGAGAUGACUCCUAUGAGGACCUGCUGAGGAAGACAAAGGAGGAACUGCUUCAUCGUGCCAAGGAGAAGGAGGAGGCUGAGAAGAAGAAGGAGGAAGAGCGUCGCCAAGUUACUGCCAAGCCUCUAAAACCAGAGAGGGUCAAGCUCUCACCCAGCAUGGAAGCGCCAAAGAUCCUUGAGCGUAUCACCAGCCAGACAGUCGCACAGGGUGACGAAGUCAAGUUUAGAGUCAGAGUUGUCGGCAGACCAGAACCUGAGUGUCAGUGGUUCAAGAAUGGAGUUCAGCUGGAGAAGUCUGACCGUGUCUACUGGUACUGGCCUGAGGACCAUGUUUGUGAACUGGUGAUCAGGGAUGUCACAGCAGAGGAUUCUGCCAGUGUCAUGGUUAAAGCUUCCAGUACUGCUGGAGAGACUUCAAGCCACGCUUUCCUGUUGGUGCAAGCAAAACAAGUCAUUAACUUCACUCAGAAGUUGGAGGACGUCAGUGCCAAGGAGAAGGAUACCGUGGCUACCUUUGAGUGUGAAACCAACGAGCCUUUUGUGAAGGUCAAAUGGCUGAAGAAUAAUGUGGAGAUCUUCUCUGGAGACAAAUACAGAAUGCACUCUGACAGAAAGGUUCACUUCCUGUCUGUGCUGAUGAUCGAAAUGAGGGAUGAUACUGAAUAUACAUGCGUUGCUGUAGAUGAUGAUACUGUCAGGACAGCCGCCAAGCUUAAUGUUGAAGGAGCUCCUCUGGAGCUGUUAAAGCAGCUGGAGAGCACCGAGGUGCCCGAGACUUACUCCGGAGAGUUUGAAUGUAUUGUCUCUCGUGAAGAUGCCGAAGGCAGCUGGUACUUUGGAGAUAAUCUGCUGACUCCUGGCAGUAAAUACGUCAUCUCUUCCCGCCGUGGAAGACACACUCUCUCUGUGAAAGACGUCAAGAAGGAAGACCAGGGAGAAUAUACCUUCAAAGUGGGCGAGUUUAAGACAAGUGCCUCUCUGAAGAUGAAAUUGCGUCCAGUGACCUUGAUGCAGCCUUUGUCUGACAUGACCGUCUGCGAGGGUGACAUCGCUCAGCUUGAGGUCAAGUUCUCCCAGGAGAAUGUUGAAGGAACCUGGAUGAAGAAGGGGCAGCCCAUCACAGCCUCCAGCCGUGUGCACAUAGUUAUUGACAAACAAAUUCACAAACUCCUUAUAGAAGAUACAACCAAGGACGACUUUGGAAUGUAUUCCUUCGAGGUUCCUGAUCAUGGAAUUUCAACCUCUGCAAAGCUGGUCAUUCAGACUAUUGGCAUCCUGAUCCCACUGAAGGACAGUCAUGCAAUUGAGGGUACAAAGGUCGUCCUAGAGGCAAAGAUCUCUGCUCAGGACAUCAGCUCAGUCAAAUGGUACCACAAUGACAACCUGCUGACAGCCAGUGAGCGAAUCCAGAUGGUGGCAAAGGGAGCCAAGCAGCGCCUGGUUUUCACCAGAACAUACGCCUCAGAUGAAGGACACUACAAACUGGUGGUUGGCCGAGCUGACACCAGCUGCAGAUUUACUGUUGAGCCUGUCCAGAUUGUGACACCAAUGAAAGACAAACAGUGCUCCGAGUCUGAAAAUGUCACCUUCGAGGUUGAGGUCUCUCACCCAGGCAUUGACGCUUUCUGGACCUUUAAGAGGCAGCCGAUUAAAGCUGGUCCCCAGUACAAGAUGGAGUCCAAGGACAAGAGGCAUAGGCUCACGGUCAUGAAUGCAAUGAAGGAUGAAGAGGGCGAGUACAUGUUUGCUGCUGGUGAGAAGAUGUGCAGUGCUUCACUCACCGUAACAGGUGGUGCCAUUAAGAAGCCCCUGCAUGAUUUGGUGGUAGCUGACUCCCAGACCGCUGUGCUGCAGUGUGAAGUUGCUAACCCAUCCGCAGAGGGCAAGUGGCUAAAAGACGGUCAGCCUGUUGACUUCAACGAGAACGUGCUGAGCGAGGUGGACGGUGCUGUCAGACGCCUCGUUAUCAUCAUCACGAAGGCCACUGACGUUGGAGAGUACACUUACCAGGUCGCCACCUCCAAGACCUCAGCCAACCUGAAAGUCGAGGCUGUCAAAGUCAAGAAGACCCUGAAGAACCUGAAUGUAGUCCAGACUCAAGAAGCCACGUUCAGCCUUGAACUGACCCAUGAGGAUGUAAGGGGAGCACAGUGGAUCAAGAAUGGCGUUGAGAUCCAGCCCAGUGAUAAAUAUGAAAUCAGUAUUGAAGGCACACUUCACACAUUGAAGGUCAAGAACUGCAGCACACAGGAUGAGUCUGUUUACUCCUUCAAACUGGGAAAACUGUCUGCAAGUGCCAGACUCAAUGUGGAAACCAUUAAGAUCCUGAAGAAGCCAAAGGAUGUGACAGCACUGUCAGGAGCAACAAUUGUAUUUGAAGUUGGCAUCUCAGAGGAUGACAUCCCAGUGAAAUGGAUGUUCGAUGACAAAGACCUGGUGUCUGACGAGCGCUACAGCAUCAUCUCUGAGAAGAAGAACCACAAGCUGAUUGUCCACGACGUGGACGACAGCGUGCAGGGCAACUACAUUGCUGUCAUAGGACACCUGCAGUGCAGCGCUCACCUCGUUGUUGAGUCUCUACGUGUCACAAGGCCCAUGAAAAACGUGGAGGUCACAGAGACUCAGGUGGCCACAUUUGAAUGUGAAGUUUCUCACUUCAAUGUCCCGUCCACCUGGCUGAGGGAUGGUGUGGAGAUUGAGAUGAGUGAGAAGUUCAGGAUUGUGGUUCAAGGGAAACUCCAUCAGCUGAAGAUCAUGAACACCAGCAAUGAAGACUCUGCAGAGUACACUUUUGUCUGUGGGAACGACCGCGUCUCUGCAACGCUAACCGUUAACCCUAUUCUGAUCACAACGAUGCUUGAAGACCUGAACGCUCAGGAGAAGGACACGGUCACAUUUGAGGUGAAUGUGAACUACGAGGGAAUAACGUACAAGUGGCUGAAGAACGGCGUGGAGAUCCGCUCUACGGACCGCUGCCAGGCUCGCUGCAAACAGCUCACUCACUCUCUGAGCAUCAGGAAUGUUCACUUUGGAGACAGUGCCGAGUACACCUUCAUGGCUGGCUCUGCAGUCACUUCAGCUAAACUUCACGUUGAGGCCCGUGUGGUUGAAUUCACCAAACACCUGCGGGACCUGAAGAUCACAGAGAAGAAGAGGGCAACAUUUGAAUGUGAAGUUUCUGAACCAAACAUCCAGGUGAUGUGGAUGAAAGAUGGUCAGGAGCUGGAGCUGUCCGACAGGUACAAAAUGACAUCGGACCAGUUUGUGCACCGUCUGGUUCUGCCCUCUGUGCGUCUGUCGGACGCCGGUGAAUACACCGCUGUGGCCGGUUCAAGCAUGUCCAAGGGUCACCUGGCAGUCGAGGGAAGAGAUGUCAGAAUCUCAGAGCCAGCCACCAGGGACAUCACGGUUGUUGAGAAGCAGAGAGCCACUUUUGAGUUUGAGGUGAAUGAGGAUGAUGUAGAAGGUCACUGGCUGAGAAAUGGAGUGGAGCUCCAGUUCACUGUGGAGGAGAGGUUCAAUUAUGCCACCAUCAGGAAGCUCCACCGUCUCACCAUCUCUGAGACCUUCAGGAGCGAUGCUGGAGAGUACACCUUUUUAGCCGGCAAAAACAGGAGCUCUGUGAACCUCCACGUCAGAUUGCCAGAGCCACCUCAGAUCAUCCGGGAGAUGCAGCCCCAAACUGCGAUCUCGGGCAGGUCAGUUCGCUUCUCGACACAGGUGAGCGGCCUUCCUCAGCCUCAGGUGUUCUGGUACAAAGAUUCUGAGGUUCUGUCCACCAGCUACAAGUGCAAGUUCCUCCAUGAUGGAGAUGAGCAUACGCUGCUGCUGCUUGAAGUCUUCCCUGAAGAUGCAGGCAUCUAUAGCUGUGAGGCCAAAAACAACUACGGAGAGGUGACAAGCUCUGCAUCUCUCACUGUGGAAGUUCUGGAGGUGGUUGAAGCCGUGGCUCAGGUUUCCCCUCCAGUCCUCAUCGCUCCCAUGAGGGACCUGCUGAUCUCAGAAGGACAUCCUGCCCAGUUCCAGUGCAGCGUCUCUGGGGAAGAUCUGCAGAUUUCUUGGUUCUGCAAUGACAGAGAGAUUAAACAGUCGGACAUCUUCAGGAUGUCUCAUUAUGAUGACACCUGCCUGCUGGAGAUUUCCCGAGUUCUCCCCAGCCUUGAAGGAGAGUACUCGUGUGUUGCUACAAAUUUGGCAGGAAUGGUCACAUGUGCCGCCACUCUGAAUAUUGAUGUAACUACAGAGGAGAAGGUGACUCAGGUCCAGGAGGAGAUAAAAGUGAAGCCUGUGUUCAGGAACAGAAUCGUCCCAGUGGAGAUAAACAUCGGCAGCUCUGCCAAGUUUGAAUGUGAAACUGAGGACGCUCCAAACGUGAGCUUCAAGUGGUUCAAAGAUGGACAUCCCAUCAAAGAGGGUGAAAAGUGCAGGAUUAUCAGUCGCUUCAGCGCUUCCUCCCUGGAGCUUCUGAGGACAACCAAGGAUGACAGUGGCGAAUACACCUGCAAGGCGUCCAAUCAGCACGGCAGUGAUGAAUGCUCCGCCUCCCUCAGUGUCACAGAGCGCAAAGUUCCGCCAAACUUCACCAGGAAGCCUUCGGAGUCCAUGGUGGAUUCAGUGGGUAAGACCGUAAAGAUCGAGGGCCGCGUGUCCGGCUCUCAACCUCUGACCGUCUCCUGGUACAAGGACAACAGUGAGAUCCGCGCUUCGGACAAAUAUGAUAUCAGCUUCAAAAACAACAUGGCCGUGCUGUGUGUCAGAGGCUCCACGGGCUCUGACGGUGGUGUUUACACCUGCGAGGCCUCCAAUGAAGCUGGCAAAGCUUCUUGUAACGUUUCUCUCACAGUAACAGAGACUGGCCAGGCUCCCAAAUUUGAUGUUCCUCUGGAACCAGUGACUGUGGGUGAAGGGGAGAAGCUGAGCCUCCAGUGCCACGUCACCGGCUCUACUCCAAUAACCAUCCAGUGGAUGAAGGACAGGAGAGAGCUCGUGUCCAGCGGAAACACCAAAAUCUCAUUUGUUGGUGGAACGGCCAAUCUGGAGAUCAGCCAGGUGUCAAAGACGGAUGCUGGAGAUUACCUGUGCAAGGCCAGCAAUGCAAAUGGCACUGACUUCUGCAAGUCUAAAGUCACUGUAAAAGAUAAAGGUGCCAAGGCCACACCCGCUGAGGCUGCUGCCCCGGCUGCAGCCGCCCCGGUCAAAAGGCUCGACAAUCUGUUCUUCAUCGAGGAACCCCAAAAUGUUUCUGUCACAGAGAAGGGUACUGCAACCUUUAUCGCCAAGAUUGGAGGUGACCCAAUCCCCAGUGUGAAGUGGAUGAAGGGCAAAUGGAGACAGAUCACCCCCGGUGGUCGAAUCUCCAUUGAGCACAAGGGCCAGGAUGCCAAACUGCAGAUCAAAGAAGUGACCAAGUCUGAUUCUGGUCAUUACAGAUGUGUUGCCACCAACAAACAUGGAGAAAUUGAGAGUGGCGCUGAUAUGGAGGUGACCAAAAAGGAGGACAUGGGAGAAGUGGGAGACUUAAGAACGAGGCUCAAGAAGACUCCUUCCAAGCAGAAGAGUCCCAAGAAAGAAGAAGAGGUCAACAUUGUAGAGCUGCUUAGAGGUCACGACCCCAAAGACUAUGAGAGGAUCCUGCGGGAACAUGGAAUCCAUGACUACCGUGCCAUCCUGCAGGCCGUGGAGUUCCUGAAGAAGGAGAAGGAGAUGGAGACUGGAAGAGCGGAGGUCGAGCGUGGGGCACGAGUCGAAGAAGAGGACAUGGCCCGACUCAUCGAGCAGCUAGAGGGACGCGUCAGCAUGGAGCCCGUCUCUGUGAUGGAGGACAUCACUGACCAAACCAUCACGGAGAACCAGAGCGCCACCUUUGAGUGCCAGAUUAAGAUCAACUACCCAGAGAUCACGCUCACCUGGUACAAAGGCACCCAGAAACUGGACAACAGCGAAAAGUACGACAUCAGCAGCGUGGGGGACCACCGUUAUCUGAAAAUCAAGAACUGCCAGGUCAAAGAUCAGGGCAACUACCGCGUGGUGUGCGGUCCUCACAUCUCCAACGCCAAACUGACGGUCACAGAAGAGAAAAAACCUGUAGAAGAAACUGUUGAGUGGACUGAGGUCGAGGGCAGAGGAGAACUCCCUGAAGUUCCUGAGAUUCACAGGAUGCCAGAGGAGAAACCCUCUGAGCCUGAAGCUCCGCCUCCACCUCUGGUCAAAGUACCUGAAGCAAAGAAGCUACAGCCUGAAGCCCCUGCUCCACCUCAGAGAGAGGAACGUCCAGCUCCAGAAGAACCAGUAGUCUUCACCCAACCUGAACCUUACCCACCCAAACCAGCAACACCAAAACUGGUUCAUUCAGAACCUGAAGUGAAACCCGUGAAACCAGUGGUGCCUAAGCCUGAAGUGGAACCCGUGAAACCAGUGGUACCUAAGCCUGAAGUGGCUCAAAUUAAGCCUGAGCUCCAAGAACCAAAAGCUGUCCCCACUAAGAAAACGCCAGAGACCUUAAAACCAAAAGUACCAAAACCACCAAAGUCAGAAGAACCUGUACUUCACCCAAGUGCAGUCCUUGCUUCUCCAUCAUUGGAACAUCUUCCAACUGAAGUGCAAGAAACACCAAGACCAGAACAACCUGUACCUCAACCAUCUGCACCCAAAGUUACUCCACAAAAAGUUGAAGAUGUCCCAGUUAAAGUGCCUCCUCCUGAGGAGAAGAAACCAUCUCUCCCAGCACCAAAGCCUUCACCUACUCCUCCUCGUGAGCAGAAGGGGGCUCCCCCUGCAGAAUCUCCCCGAGAGGAGAAGAAACCAUCUGCACCAGCACCAAAGCCUUCACCUCCUGCUCCCCCUGCUCCUGAGCAGAAGGUGGCUCCCCCUGCAGUAUCUCCCCCAGAGGAGAAGAAACCAUCUGCACCAGCACCAAAGCCUUCACCUCCUGCUCCCCCUGCUCCUGUACAGAAAGUUGCUCCUCCUGCAGAGGAAAAGAAACCAUCUUCUCCAGCGCCGAAGCCUUCGGCUCCUGCUGCUCCUGCAGCCAAAGUUGCUCCUCCUGCAGUGUCUCCUCCUGAGGAAAAGAAGGUGCCUCCACCAACAACCAAGCCAACAGCAGAGAGAGUGGUUCCCCCCGCAGCUAAAGUUGCAUCGUUGGAGAAGGAAGCUCCUGCACCAGCCGUAAAGGCUGAACCAGCUCCUGUAUCAAAGGAAAUCUCGCCGCCUGAAGACAAGGAACCAGUGUCAGCACCUGGACCAACAAAAGAUGGAAAACCAACAGAAGAGCCCGCGAAAGGCCGAGGUCGAGGAUUUGGGGCGAGACAAACUCCAUCUCCUGGUGAUGGAGGCAGGGGCCGGGGUCUAAAGCCAGGUGGAAAAGGCCCAUCACCUCCCGAGGACCCAUUUGGAGGAUUCAAGCUCAAACCUGUCCAGCUGAAGUUCAUUAAGAAGCUUAAGGACAUUGUGCUGCAGGAAGCUGAGUCCAUCGGCUCCUCCGCGGUGUUUGAGUGUGAGGUCUCGCCUUCCACGGCCAUCACUUCGUGGAUGAAAGAUGACAGCAACUUGCGUGAGAGCCCCAAGCACAAGUUUACAUCUGAUGGCAAAGAUCGCAAGUUGCACAUUAUUGAUGUGCAACUAUCUGACACUGGAGAAUACACGUGUGUGGCUAAGAAUGCGGGCAAGGAAAUAACAUGCACAGCCAAGUUAAUUGUUGAAGAGCUGCCUGUGAAAUGGUUGAAGGAACUGGAACCAGAGACAACAUGCAUUAAGGGUCAGCCAAUGUAUCUCACCUGUGAGCUGAACAAAGAACGGGACGUCAUUUGGAAACGUAACGGUCAGGUUCUGAAAACAAAGGCUGGAAAAGUGGCCGUUAAUGUAAUUGGCAUGCAGCAUGCUGUGACCAUCCAGAACUCCACCGAUGAAGAUGGCGGCGCCUACACCUGUGAGGUCGAUGGACAGGAGGACGUCAAGACUACAACUAACGUCAAAGUUAUUGAAACCAUCAAAGACUGGCUGGUGAAGCCUCUGAGAGACCAGCAUGUGAAACCAAAGGCAAAGGCCACCUUCAAGUGUGAGCUGUUCAAGGACACGCCCAACUGGAAGUGGUUCAAAGGAGAAAACGAGCUUACUCCCUCUGACAAGGUCGAGAUCAAUAAAGAUGGAAAGGACAUGACGCUCAGCAUCAAUAACUGCCAGCCUGAUGAUGUAUCAGACUACACCAUCCAGGUGGAGGAUCGCAGAUAUACAGCCAAGCUGACACUUGGAGAGCGUGAGGCUGAGAUCCUGAAGCCACUCUCCAGUGUGGAGGUGGUUGAGAAGGAAGAGGCCAACUUUGACUCUGAGAUAUCAGAGGACGAUGUGGCCGGUGAAUGGAAGCUGAAAGGCCAGGUGUUGACUAGAUCUCCGACCUGUGACAUUAAAGCUGAAGGCAAAAAACGUUUCCUCACACUGAAAAACGUGCAGCUGGAUCAGGCUGGUGAAGUGACAUACCAGGCUCUGAACGCCGUCACCAGCGCUAUGCUCACCGUCAAAGAAAUCGAAAUGGGCUUUGUUGACCCGCUCAAGGACCUUUCUGUGCCUGAAAAGAAGCAGGCUAAGUUUGAGUGCACCAUCACUAAGGACGUGUCAAAGGUCAUAUGGUUCAGGGGGACAGAGAUUGUCACUCCAAGCCCUAAAUAUGAAAUAAUUGAUGACGGAAAGAAGCACAUGCUGAUCAUAAACAGCUGUGAGUUUGAUGACGAGGCUCAGUACACGAUCGAAGCGUUGGGUCAGAAAUCAACGGCUCAGCUGAUGGUGGAGGGCAUGAGGCUGAGUUUUGUCCAGCCGCUUCAGGACCAAACGGUCAAAGAAGGUAACGCGGCACGCUUUGAUCUCGAGCUGUCUUAUGAGGACGUGCCAGUGGUCUGGUACCGAAACGAAGUCAAACUCCACGUGAGCCGAACGGUUCUCAUUCACGUGGAAGGAAAGAGACACACUCUAGAAAUGAGGACGCUGAGUCUAGAUGAUACCUGCCAAAUUAAGGCAGAGGCUAAAGGCAUUUACUCCAUGGCCAAGCUGACGGUCGUAGAGGGCGACCCCAUCUUUGUGGUGAAGCUACAGGAUUACUCAGCCACCGAGAAAGAAGAGGUGACCCUGGACUGUGAACUGAGCAAAGACGUCCCGGUGCUUUGGUACCACGAAGAGAAGGAAAUCAUCGCCUCCAAGAUGGUCAUCAUGAGGUCAGAGGGCACACGCAGGUCUCUGGUCCUGAAGAAAGUGGAACUGAGCGACAAAGGCAAAUAUGUAUGUGACUGUGGAACAGACAAGACGUCAGCCAACAUCAAUAUUGAAGCACGCGACAUCAAAGUCGUUCGGCCGAUUUAUGGCGUGGAGUUGUUUGAUGGAGAAACGGCUCGUUUCGAAGUGGAGAUCUCUGAGGACGACGUCCACGGACAGUGGAAGCUGAACGGAGCAGUGCUCAGUCCGUCCUCUGAUGUGGACAUCAUCGAGGAAGGAGGCAAGCACACGCUGAUCCUCUACAACUGCAAAGUGUCCAUGACCGGCGAGGUGGCGUACUCUGCUGCUAACGCCAAGUGCGCCGCUAACCUCAAGGUCAAAGAACUCCCGCUGAACUUCCUCACACCCAUGACUGAUGUUCAGGUCUAUGAGAAGGAUGAUGUGAGGUUCGAGGUCGAGGUGUCGAGAACUCCAAAGACUUUCCGUUGGCUCAAAGGCUCACAGGAGCUGCAGAGCGAUGAAAAGUACGAGGUGAUCCAGGAGGGAAAUUUGUACGUCCUGGUGAUCCGAUCGGCCGCCUACGAUGACGAGGCAAAGUACAUGUUUGAGGCCGAGGACAAGAGGACGACGGGCAAACUGGUUAUACAAGGUAUUCGCCUAGAGUUUGUCAAAGCAAUCAAGGAUGUGACAGUAAAGGAGCGUGAAACAGCUGAAUUCAGCGUGGAGCUGUCACAUGACAAGAUCCCGGUGGUCUGGUACAAGAACGACGUCCGACUUCAUCCCAGCAAAGUUGUUCACAUGUCGGCACAGGCGAAGGUUCACACGCUGGCCUUCAAGGAAGUCAUCAUCGACGACACGUCCAUGAUCAAAGUAGAGGCCAUGGACAAGAGCAUGACCGCCAUGCUCACUGUCAUCGAGGGUGAUGCCUACUUCACCACUAAGCUGCAGAACUACACGGCAGUGGAGAGGGACGAGGUGAAGCUGGUCUGCGAGCUGAGCAAGGCUGUAGCUGAUGUGAAAUGGUUUAAGGAUGGGAAGGAGAUCACCCCCUCCAAGAACAUCGCCAUUGUCACCGAUGGCAAGAAGCGCAUCCUGAUGGUGAGGAAGGCAGAGAAGACCAACAUCGGAGAGUACACCUGCGACUGCGGCUCGGACAAAACCACAGCUAAGCUCAACAUUGAAGAGCGGGAUAUCAAAGUUGUCCGUCCGCUGUACAGUGUGGAGGUCACGGAGACAGAAACAGCCAAGUUUGAGACGGAGAUUUCUGAGGAGGAUGUCCAUGGAAACUGGAAGCUGAAGGGAGAAGCUCUUCAUCAGUCAGCUGAUGUUGAGAUUAAGGAGGAAGGAACCAGACACCUGCUGAUCCUCUACAACGUCUGCAUGGGCAUGGCAGGACCCGUUGACUUCUCUGCAGCCAACGCCAGAUCCAGCGCCCAGCUCAGAGUCAAAGCUCGGUCCAUUACGCUGGUCCAUCCUCUGAAGGACGUGACGGUGACGGCUGGAGAGACGGCCAUCUUUGAGUGCGAGCUGUCGUACGAGGGCAUCGCGGUGGAGUGGUUCCUGGGAGGGCAGAGGAUGGAGGCCAGCGACCGGGUGAAGACUCGGGUGGCGGGCCGAGUUCACACUUUGACCGUCCGAGACGUGAACCUGUCGGAGGCCGGCGAGGUCAAACUUACUGCCAAGGACUUCCAGACUCAGGCUCAGCUUAUCGUCAGAGAGCCAGCGGUUGAGUUCACAAAGCCUCUGGAGGAUCAGACGGUGGAGGAGGAAGCCACGGCCACUCUGGAGUGUGAGGUUUCCCGUGAGAAUGCUGAGGUACGAUGGUUCAGGGAGGGACAGGAGCUCAGAAAGACCAAGAAGUACGACACCAUCGUGGACGGACGCAAGAGAGCUCUGAUCAUUCACGACUGCUCUCCUGAAGAUGCCAAGUUGUACACAUGUGAUGCCAAAGACUUCAAGACUUCUUGUUUCCUGGAAGUUACACCUCCGUAUGUUGAGUUUACAAAGCCUCUGCAGGAUGUUGAGGUCAGAGAGAAGGAGUCUGCCAAGUUUGAAUGUGAAGUUUCUCGUGAGUCUGCCAAGGUUCGCUGGUUCAAGGACGGUGGCGAGAUCAGGAAAGGAAAGAAGUACGAGAUCAUCGCAAAGGGAGUCCAGAGAAUCCUUAUCAUCCACAAGUCUGUGUUUGAUGAUGAAGCCGAGUACGAAUGUGACGCGAGAACCUCCAAGACCUCUGGCAUACUCACCGUCAUCGAGGAGGCAGCCAGGUUUACAAAGAACCUGUCCAACGUGGAGGGAACAGAGACGAACACCGUGAAGAUGAUCUGCGAAGUGUCGAAGGCCGGCGCUGAGGUCACCUGGUAUCGAGGGGACGAGGAGCUCCCAGAGGGAGGUCGCUACGACCAACAGACGGACGGACGCAAGAGGAUCCUGAUCAUCCGGGACCUGAGGAUGGAGGACGCUGGUGAUUACAACUGCAGGCUGAGUCCCACCAUCAGGACAUCCGCCACGCUCAAACUCAACGAACUGGCAGCCGAGUUCCUCGCUCGGCCUCAGAGCCAGGAAGUGGUGGAGGGCGAGAAGGCAGAGUUCUCCUGCUCUGUCUCCAAAGACACCUACGAAGUAAAAUGGUUCAGAGGAGACAAAGAGAUAGAAGCUGGAGACAAGUACGGCAUCAUCAGUGAAGGAAAACGAAGAGCUCUUAUUGUGAAAAGCUGUGAGCUGAAGGAUGAGGGAGGCUACACUGCACACAUUGGCACUGUUAAAGCCGUGGCAGAUCUGCUAGUGAUCGAAAAACUGAGGAUCAUAACUCCGAUCAAAGACACCGAGGUGAAGGAGGGAGGCGAGAUCGUUUUUAACUGCGAGACCAACACGGAAGGAGCGAAGGCCAAGUGGCUGAAGAAUGAGGAGACCAUUUUUGAGAGCAGCAAGUACAUGAUGGCUCAAAGGGACAACGUCUUCUCUCUGAGGAUCAGAGACGCCCAGAAGGCUGAUGAGGCCGUCUAUACCGUCAGCCUGACCAAUCACAGAGGAGAGCUCGCCAAGUGCACUGCCAGCGCUAAAGUGGCAGAGGAGAAACUGAGGUUCUUGGAGCCCAUCGAGGACAAUGACACUCAGGAGAAGAAGACCGUCAGCUUCGUCUGUAAGGUGAACAGGCCCGGGGCGACGGUGAGGUGGCUGAAGGCUGGUCAGGAGGUGACACUCAGCAAACGCAUCGUCUACAGAGUCGAUGGCCUGAAGCACAGCCUGACCGUUAAGGACUGCAUCAUGGAAGACGAGGGCGAGUACACGGCCGUGGUCGGAGAUGACAAAUGUGCAGCUGAGCUGAUCAUUAGCGAGGCACCCACAGACUUCACGGCACAGCUCAAAGACCAGACCAUUACAGAGUUCGAGGAUGCAGAGUUCACUUGCAAGCUGAGCAAGGAGAAGGCUGCCGUUAAGUGGUACAGGGAAGGACGAGAGAUUCGAGCGGGCCCCAGAUAUCAAAUGGAAAAAGAAGGAAAGACGUGCAGACUGAUCAUUAAGGUGUGCAGGCCUGAUGACGAGUGUGAAUAUGCCUGUGGUGUGGAUGAGAGGAGGACGAGAGCGAGGCUCUUUGUUGAAGAGACCCCAGUGGAAAUCAUCAGACCACCGCAGGACGUGUUCGAACCUCCGGGUUCAGACAUCGUGUUUGAGGUGGAGCUCAACAAAGACAGGGUGGAGGUGAAGUGGAUGAGGAACAACAUGAUCAUCGUCCAGGGAGACAAAUACCAGAUGAUCAGCGAGGGUAAAGUCCACAGACUGCAGGUCUGUGAAAUUAGACCCAGAGAUCAGGGAGAGUACAGGAUCGUGGCCAAAGACAAGGAUGCCCGGGCCAAGCUGGAGCUGGCAGCUGUUCCAAAGAUUAAAACCACCGACCAGAACCUGGUGACAGAUGCCGGUAAACCCUUUGUCAUGACUGUGCCUUAUGACGCGUACCCUCGUGCUGAUGCCGAGUGGUUUUUUGAAGGCACCAGUCUUCCUGUCCAGAAUAUUGACACCUCUUUGGACAAGACCGAGUACCGCCUGAAGAGCCCUGCCAAGGAGGACCAGGGCCGGUACAAGGUGGUAAUUAAGAACAAGCAUGGUGAGGGUGAGGCCUUUAUCAACCUGGAUGUGAUUGAUGUACCGGGACCCAUCAAGAACCUGAGAGUGGUUGACACUGUUGAUGGCGAGGUCAGUUUGGCCUGGGAGGAACCUGAGAAUGACGGUGGCAGCAAGAUUAUCGCCUAUGUUGUAGAAAGACGGGAUGUGAAGCGCAAGACCUGGACUGUGGCUACAGACCGUGCUGACACUCCAGAGUACUGCGUCAGUGGCCUGCAGAAGGAAUCCUUUUACCUCUUCAGAGUCUGUGCUCGAAACAGAGUUGGCAGCGGACCCGCUGUUGCAACCGAAGAUGCCGUCCAGGCCAAAAACAAGUUUGAUGUUCCAGAUGCUCCUGAAAAUGUUGCAGUAGAGUCAGUGAACAAGUUUGGUGCCACCAUCACUUGGGAGCCCCCCAAGUUUGACGGUGGCUCUGAGAUCACUGCUUAUGUGAUUGAGCUCCGUGACAGAACAUCUGUUAAGUGGGAGGCAGCCUUAGUCUGUGCUGCCGAUGACCACUUGGCUAUGCUGAACGACGUGGUGGAGUACAAGGAGUACAUCUUUAGAGUCCGAGCAGAGAACAAGGCUGGCAUCGGCAGGCCCAGUGCUGCCACCAACCCCGUCAAGAUCAUGGAUCCCAUCGAGAGGCCGAGCCCACCUCUGAACCUGAACUUUAGUGACCAAAUCAAGACAGCAGUCACGUUGACCUGGGAGACGCCCAUAAACAACGGUGGCAGCAUGAUUACAGGAUACAUCAUUGAGAAAUGUGAGGACGGCUCUGACAAGUGGCUCCGCUGCAACGCCCGACUGUGUCCCGACCUCUCCUACCGGGUGUCUGGACUAAAACCUGGUCAGAAGUACCUCUACAGAGUUUGCGCUGAGAAUGCCGCCGGUGUCUCCGAUCCAGCCGAGCAGCUGGGACCACUGCUUGCCGAUGAUCCUCAUGUUGGUCCAACCUUUGAUCUGAGUGGCUUCAGGAAAGGCCUGGAGGUGAUUGUUCCUCAGCCUCUAACAAUUAGAGUUCCCAUUACUGGAUACCCAACCCCUGUGGCCAAGUGGACCUUUGGCGAGAAGGAGCUGACCCCAGCGGAUGAGCGUGUCUCCAUGGUGACGAAGCCUACGCACACGGAACUGACGAUAUCUCCUAGUGUUCGUCCAGACAAAGGCAUCUACACCCUGCAGCUGGAGAACGACGUAUCCUCUGUCUCUGGAGAUAUUGAUGUCAACGUCAUCGCAUGCCCCAGUGCUCCGAAGGACUUCAAAGUGGCUGAAGUGACCCGUCAACAUGUCCACUUGAUGUGGGAGGCACCUGAACACGAUGGAGGAAGUCCAGUGACACACUAUCAGAUUGAGAAGAGAGAAGUUUCUCGCAAGACAUGGGCCAAGGUGGCUGCUGGCGUCCUUGACCUGGAGCACACGGUAACAGACGUGAUUGAAGGAAAGGAGUAUCUGUUCAGCGUCUCUGCAUGCAACAAGUGCGGACCUGGAGAGCCAGCCUACAUCGAUGAGCCCAUCAAUGUCUCUUCUCCUGCAACUGUACCUGAUCCACCUGAGAACCUUAAGUGGCGCGAUAAGAGUGCCAAGUCCAUUUUCCUGUCCUGGGAGCCUCCAAAAUACGAUGGUGGUGCCCAUAUUAAAGGCUACGUGGUGGACAAGUGCCAGCGUGGUACAGACAAGUGGGAACCCUGCGGUGAUCCCCUCCCUGAACUCAAGUUCCAGGUUACCGGCCUGGUCGAGGGCCAGUGGUACGCCUACAGAGUCAGAGCUUUUAACAAGCUGGGAGCCAGUCGACCUUGCAGGGCUACCGAUGAGAUCCAAGCUGUGGACGCUAAGGAACCUCCUGAGAUCCAGCUCGAUGUGAAGUUGCUGGCUGGAUUAACCACCAGAGCUGGCAGCAAGAUUGAGCUUCCUGCAGAUGUGAAAGGGAAGCCCGAUCCCCGGGUGAAGUGGACCAAAGCAGACGUGGUCCUGCGGGCUGAUAACCGCAUUGCCAUCGACACCCAGCCAGGACACUCGAAGGUUUCCAUUGACAACACCACCAGAGGAGACACCGCCACCUACAUCAUUGAGGCAGUCAAUGCCUGUGGACGAGCCACUGCCACUAUUGAUGUCAACAUCCUGGAUAAACCGGGCCCUCCAGCUGCUUUAGAUAUCUCUGAAAUCACCAACGAAUCCUGCGUCCUGGCCUGGAACCCUCCCAGAGAUGAUGGUGGGUCUCCCAUCACCAACUACAUUGUGGAAAGUCGUCAGACUGACAAGGAGGAGUGGGUCAAGCUGUCAGCCACGGUGAAGCACACCACCUUCAAGGCCACCAAGCUCACAGCAUUGAAAGAGUACAUUUUCAGGGUCAGUGCUGAGAACCAGUAUGGCAUUGGUGAACCUGCAGAGCAUGUGCCAAUCACUGCCAAGUAUUCCUUCGAUCCUCCGGGUCCUCCAACCAGAAUCACUCCCUCUGACAUCGCCAAGGACGCUGUCACUCUGACCUGGUUAGAGCCUGACGAGGAUGGCGGUAGCCCCAUCACUGGAUACUGGAUUGAGAAGUUAGAUCCGGAGAGUGACAAGUGGAUCAGAUGUAACAAACUACCCAUCACGGACACAACAUUCAGGGUAAAGGGUCUGACCACCAAGAAGAAGUACCGCUUCCGUGUUCUGGCUGAAAAUCUAGCUGGACCUGGAAACCCAAGUGCAGAGACUGAUCCCAUCCUCAUCAAAGAUCCUAUUGAUCCUCCAUGGGCUCCUGGUAAACCUGUCAUCAGGGACAUUGCCAAGACCUCAGCCCUGUUAGGAUGGACUCGUCCAGAGCACGAUGGCGGGGCUAAGAUUGAAGGCUACAUCAUUGAGUUCCAGAAGGCUGGAAGCGAGGAAUGGAUCAAGAUUGCAGAGGAUGUUCCUCAGACUGAGCAUCAGCUGAAGGGUCUAAUAGAAAAGCAAGAAUACUCUUUCAGAGUCAGGGCCGUCAAUAAGGCUGGUGAGAGCGAGCCCAGUGAGCCCAGCGACCCCGUGGUCUGCAAGGAGAGACUCUAUCCUCCAUCAGCUCCUCAGUGGCUGGAGGUGGCGAACAUCACCAAAAUUAACGCAGACCUAAAGUGGCAGCCUCCCAGCAGUGAUGGCGGCUCACCCAUCACCAACUACGUGGUUGAAAAGAGGGACGUGAGGCGGAAGGCGUGGCAGACUGUCGAUACCACCGUCAAGGAACAGAAGUAUACGGUUACCCCUCUCAACGAAGGAUCGCUGUAUGUGUUCCGGGUUGCUGCAGAGAAUGCCGUUGGGAUGGGUGAAUUUUGCGAGCUGGAGGAUGCCGUUCUUGCCAAGGACACUUUUACAACUCCUGGACCUCCUUAUGCACUGACAGUGGUGGAAGUCACCAAGAGAUACGUGGAGCUGAAGUGGGAACCUCCCAAUAGCGAUGGUGGAAGACCAAUAACAAAGUAUGUGAUUGAGAAGAAAGAAAAGGUGGGAACUCGCUGGCUGAAGUGCUGCAAAACUCCGGACAGAAAGACUCAGUUCAAGGUAACGGAUGUUGAUGAAGGUUCAGAAGUGCAGUUCCAGGUCAGAGCUGAGAACGAGGCUGGAGUUGGAGAUCCAAGUGAACCCACCGUGAUUCUCACCAUUGAAGAUCCAACCAGUGCACCAUCACCUCCACUUGAAGUGGUCAUCCCUGAUGCCAGCAGGGAGCACAUCAAUGUCACCUGGAAGCCUCCGGUCAAGGACGGGGGUUGUCCUGUCACUGGAUACCAUGUGGAGGUGGCAGAAGCCCGUCCAGAACUAAAGUGGCUCAGGGUCAACAGCAGACCCAUCAAGGAGCUAAAUUUCAGGAUAGAUGAUGGAAUCAAACCUGAGAAAAAGUAUGUCAUUAGGGUUCGGGCCAUCAACUCUGUCGGAGUCAGUGAUCCCUCUGAUGUCUCUGAUAAGGUCGCCACCAAAGAUCCUGACUGUGCUCCAACCAUGGAUUUGGAAGCAAAGGACGUGAUAGUGGUUGAAGGUGAGAAGCUGCACCUGAAUAUUCCCUACAGGGCAAUCCCAACACCCAAGAUGGUUUGGCAGAAGGACACUGUGGAGUGUAAGGCCGGUGACCGGCUCUCCCUGACAGUGGAGAUGAACAGCGCCCACCUGGAGCUGCUCAAGUGCAGCCGCGGUGAUGCUGGCGCCUAUGCCAUCACUCUGGAAAACAGUCUGGGAACUGCCACUGGAACCGUCAAUGUCAAAGUCAUCGGACUCCCUGGUCAGUGUAAAACUAUCACCUCCAGUGACGUCACCAAGAACAGCUGCAAGGUCAGCUGGGAAGCUCCAGAGGAUGAUGGCGGCACCCCCAUUGUCAGCUAUACCCUGGAGCGCCGUGAAGCGUCCAAAAAGACUUACAUGCCUGUUAUGUCAGGAGAAAAUGUCCUAACAAGUACUGUCAAAGAUCUCUUUGUCAACUGUGAGUACUACUUCAGGGUGAAAGCUGUCAACAAGGUCGGAGCAGGACAAUAUCUGGAGUUACAAAACCCGGUCAUUAUAGAGGAAAUAAAACAGAAACCAGACCCACCCAUCCAAGUGGAGGCUCAUGACCCAACGUCCAAGUCCAUCACAGUCACCUGGAAGGCUCCAGACUACGAUGGCGGCUGUCCCAUCCAGGGCUACAUCAUAGAGAAGAUCGAGAAGGACGGCGACCGCUACGAGAGGGUCACACCAAGCCUGGUCCCUGGUUUCUCCUACGUGGUGAUGGGCCUAAAGGAGGACAUGGAGUACCAGUUCAGGGUCAGAGCUGAGAAUGCUGCUGGAGUCAGCGAGCCGUCACGCAGCUCACAGCCCAUCAAGGCUGCAGACCCUGUUGAAAAACCCAAGGUCACCCUGCACGCCCGUGUUCAAUCUGGGCUCUGCAUCAAGAAAGGUGAGGAAAUCUGCAUUGACGCCUACAUCUCUGGCUCCCCAUAUCCCAAAGUCACCUGGCUGAGAAAUGAUGAGGAUGUCGCCAAAGAGCCCACCAAGAAGUUCAUUCCUGUUAUCAAGAAGAAGAAGACCAAAGCCAAGGUUCCAGAACCAGAGGAGGAGUUUGUGACUCCCCUGCGUGAGCGUCUGGGUAUAGACCAGACCAAGAAGGGACAAUCUGCACUGAUGAUCCGUGAUGCCGUCAGAACCGAUCACGGCAGCUUCACUAUCAAGGUGGAAAACACACAUGGUGUUGCCACCGCUUCCUGCGUCGUCAACGUCCUAGACAAACCUGGUGCUCCGAUUAACUUCACCUUUGAUGAGAUCAGGAACACGUCGGUCAUCUGUAACUGGGAGCCUCCUGAGGAUGAUGGUGGCAGCGAGAUCCUGAACUACAUUCUGGAGAAGAAAGACAACAAGAAGGACGAGACUGGCUGGAUCACCGUCACUUCUACCCUGAAGGGCACCAGCUGCCCCGUCACCAAGCUCAUCGAAGGGAAGGAGUACAUCUUCAGAGUCACUGCUGAAAACAAGUAUGGCUGUGGUCCACCGUGCAUCUCCGAACCACUCGUCGCCAAGAACCAGUUCAGUCCUCCUGAUGCUCCCAACACUCCCAGAGUCCACGAGGUGACGGCAAGCACCGCGCACAUCUCCUGGCAUGAGCCAAAGGACAAUGGAAGCCCCAUCCUGGGUUACUGGAUCGAGAGGAAGGAGGUGAACAGCAAACACUGGACCAGAGUCAACCGAGCCCUCCUCAACUCUCUCGAGGUGAAGGUGACUGGCCUGAUGGAGGGCUUGACCUACAUCUUCAGGGUCUGUGCUGAGAAUCUGGCUGGCCCCGGGCCCUUCAGUGAUCCGACCGAUCGCAUUGUCGCCAUGGAUGAAAUCCUGCCUCCUGGUCCACCAAUUCCAUGGAUCGUGGACACCGGGAAGGACUCUGUUGUUGUGGCGUGGAAGCCCCCGCUGUACAAUGGUGGUGGAGACAUCCUGGGAUACCACGUUGAGAAGGUUCUGGCCGGAGAGAAAGACUGGAGCCGCAGCACCGAGUUCAGGUGUAAAGAGCUGACGUACACUGUGACCGGCCUCACUGAGGGAGCAGAUUAUUAUAUCCGGGUUCUUGCAGUCAAUGACGCAGGCCCAGGAGCUCCUGGUGUUACUGAACCCGUUACCGUCAAAGAGCCCCAAGAAUCUCCUGUUGUGGAUUUCGAUGACUCUGUGAAGAACGGCGUCAUGAUUAGGGCCGGCGAGUCUCUGAGGCUUCCUGCUGUGGUCCGUGGUCGACCCCAGCCGGAGGUAAAAUGGGCCAAAGAUGAGGCUGAAAUCGACAAAGAGAGGAUGAUUGUGGAGACUGUGGGGAAGAACAGUACAUUGUUCAUCAAGAAGGCUGUGAGGGCAGAUCACGGAAAGUACCAGAUCACCGGCACCAACAGCAGUGGGAGCAAGACCGCCGAGACAAGAGUGGAUGUUAUGGAUGUUCCUGGGCCGGUGGUUGACUUGAAGGCUGUUACAGUUACCAAGAAGAACAUCGUCCUCACCUGGUCUGACCCCGUGGAUAAUGGUGGCAGCGAUAUCAUUGGUUAUGAGGUGCUAAAGAAGGAUGCCAAUAUGAAGCUCUUCCGCCAGCCCAUUGAGACUGCAUCCUGCAAGUGUGAUGUCCAAGGCCUGCUGGCUGGCGAGCAGUAUGAUUUCAGAGUCAUUGCCAGGAACAAGUAUGGUGAUGGACUUCCAGCAGACCUGGGUCCCAUCUUAGCUGAGGAUCCAAAAGGUACACCAUCUGCCCCAGAGAAACUGCACUACACCAACAGAAGCAAGAACACCAUCACUCUGGCCUGGCAGCCUCCUCGCACUGAUGGUGGCAGCCCCAUCAGAGGAUACUAUGUGGAGAAGAUGAGGUCUGACAGCACCGAGUUUGAAGUGGCCAACCGCAAGAUCUUCACUGAGUGCUGUGGAACCAUUGAGAACCUGUCGGAGAACCAGGAGUAUGACUUCCGUGUCAAAGCCGUGAACGAGGUUGGAGAAGGAGAUCCAUCCAAAAGAAUCACCGUCAAGAUCCAGGAUGAUGAGAUUGCUCCCAGCAUUACAAUCUUGAAAUUCAUCAAGAGCAACGCCAUCAAUGUGAGGAAAGGCGCCGCCAUCGACAUCCCAGCAGAAGUGAGGGGACUUCCUCUGCCGACACUGCAGUGGAUGAAGGAUGACGUCGCGAUCGAGAAGACCGAUGAGGAGAAGAUGACGAUGGAGACUGAGGAGGUGGACCGGACAACCAUAAGGACGAAGAUCGCCAUCCCAGAAACCAUAAGGCAGGACAAAGGCAGCUACAAGCUGGUUGCUGAAAACUGCCACGGGAAAGCUCAGCAGAUCAUCAAAGUCGAGAUCCUCGACCGUCCUCUUCCUCCACGGAACAUCGUGGUCUCAGACAUCAAAGCAGACUCGUGCUACCUGACCUGGGACGCUCCAGAAGACAAUGGAGGAAGCGAGAUUACUAACUACAUUGUUGAGCGCAGAGAUGCAAGCAAGAAAAAGUCUGACUUUGAUGUUCUCACCAUCAACCUCAUUGACAGGAGAUAUGGGGUGUACAAACUGGACUUGAAUGGUAGCUACCAGUUCAGGAUCAAAGCUGAAAACAAAUAUGGCGUCAGUGAUGGCUGCGACUCAGAGAAAGUCCAGCUGCGGGAUCCAUUUGGUCUUCCUGGACCUCCACGUAAUGCAAAAAUUAUUGCUGCUACAGCGACCACAAUGACCGUGACUUGGGAUCCCCCUCUGGACAACGGUGGUUCCACCAUCCAGGGAUAUUGGCUGGAGAAGAGGGAACGUGGUGCUGUGUACUGGGGUCGUGUCAACCGAGCUCCAGUCACCAAACCGGCAGUGAAAGGCCUGCAGUACACCGUGCUGAAGCUCAUAGAAGGAACAGAGUACCAGUUCAGGAUUUCAGCCUGCAAUGCUGCUGGUGUUGGACCGCCCAGCGAGGCCACAGAGUGCCGCUUUGCUGUGGAUCCAUGCAACCCUCCAAGCAUACCUGGAAAUCCUGAAAUUAAAGACAAGACCAAGAACAGCGUCACUCUAACCUGGACCCCACCGGACAAAGAUGGCGGGAGCCCAAUCAAGGGUUACAUUAUAGAGGUUCAUGAGGAGGGCUCUCCUGAUUGGAGGAGAGUGAAUCCUGCUGAUAAGCUCCACCCCUCCACUGAAAUCACUGUACCUGACCUGAAGGAAGGCAAGAAGUGCAAGUUCAAGAUUUACGCGGUGAACUCUGCUGGAAACUCAGAGCCUGCUAGGACUGGUGACAUCCUGGUUCAGGACAUCCUGAUUGAGCCAACGGUGACUCUCGAUGUGACUGCUCACGACCUGCUAAACUGUAGAGCAGGAACGACCAUUAAGAUUCCUGCCACCAUCACCGGCCGACCCGUCCCCAAAGUCACCUGGACUUUCGAUGGAACGGCUGAGACUGAGAAAAAGAACGAUCUACACACUCUGCCGAUUGACUCAGAGAUCCAUUCCACCGACACAACCUCAGUGAUUGUGAUCCCAGCCUGCAAACUAAACCACAGUGGCAGAUACAUUAUCAACGCAGAGAGCCCUGCUGGACACAGAGUGGUCAAAGUCAGAGUCAGCGUCCUCGACCUGCCCGGACCUCCCAGAGACCUGAAGAUUAGUGACGUGACCAGGGGAACAUGCAGACUCACCUGGAAACCCCCAGAGUGUGAUGGAGGAGAGAGGGUUAAGAGCUACUUUAUUGAAAAGAAAACAGCAGAGGGAAAAGCAUGGACCAAGGUAAACCCGGCCUGCGCUGCUCAGUCUCUGGUGGUGCCAGAUCUGAAUGAAGGCCAGGAGUACUUUUUCCGUGUACGUGCUGAGAACCGCUUUGGGUUUGGCCCCUACAUCGCAAGCAUUCAAAGGACCAAGGCCAGAGAUCCAAUCCAUCCUCCCGAUCCUCCAACAAGGUUGAAGAUCCAGAGCGUCAGGAAGGGCACAGUAACUCUGACCUGGAAGGCUCCAAAGAACGAUGGUGGUUCACCUGUAACCCACUACAGCGUGGAUCUCCUCUGCUGGGACAGCAGUGGCACCCAGAAGGAGUCCUGGAGGAGGUGCAACAGGAGAGAUGUGGACACCACCAGCUUUAAAGUGGAGGACCUUACAGAGGGAGAUGAGUAUGAGUUCAGGGUGAUGGCUUACAAUGAAGUCGGACCCAGCCGACCUUCAUCUACUGCUGGACCAAUCAUCAUCCAGGACCAGAGCUGUGCUCCAUCCAUCGAGCUGAAUGAGUUCAUGGAGGUGGAGCAGGGCUCCGACAUUAGCAUUGUGGCCCAAAUUCGUGGCUGUCCAUUCCCUACACUCACCUGGUACAAGGCUCCGCCCCACAAGUCCGACGCGAAGGUGGAGGUUCAGUACGACGAGCAUAUAAAUAAGAUUGUUUCGGACGACAGCUGCACACUGCUCAUCCAGCAGGGCAAACGUCCCGACACAGGCCUGUACACGCUGGUGGCUUCCAACAGCCUUGGCAAGGCCUCCAAGGAGAUGAGGCUCAACGUGCUCGGCCGUCCCGGUCCUCCCUCUGCUCCCAUUAAGUUUGAGGAGAUUGGAGCUGAGAAGAUCACGCUUUCCUGGCUGCCGCCGAAGGACGAUGGUGGCUCCAAAGUCACGAACUACGUCAUCUGGAGGCGGGUGGCCAACAGAAAGACUUGGGUGCCUGUCACCAGUGAGCCGAAAGAGCGGAUCUGGACAGUGGAGAACUUGAUGAAGGGACAUGAGUACCUGUUCCGCAUUAUGGCACAGAACAAGUAUGGAGUCGGAGAGCCAUUGGACAGUGAGCCCGAGGUGGCCCGAAAUCUCUACACUGCACCUGGUCAGGUUGAAAAGCCGACAGUUACCAGCGUAACCAUGGACUCCAUGACCGUUAACUGGGAAGAACCUGAGGACGAUGGGGGGUCCCCGAUCACUGGCUACUGGCUGGAACGCAAGGAGACAACUGGCAAACGCUGGACCCGUGUCACCCGCGACCCGAUCCGUCCCAUGGGCCUGGGCGAGUCGUUUGUGGUGAGCGGACUCGUUGAGGGAUCCCAGUAUCUAUUCCGAGUCUCUGCCAUCAAUGCCGCAGGGCCCGGACUUGCCAGCCCUCCCACUGACCCCAUCUUUGCCAGAGACCCUAUCACGCCGCCAUCUCCUCCAACCCCAAAGGUUUCUGACUGGACAAAGUCUACAGUGGACCUGGAGUGGAUUCCUCCUCUGAAGGAUGGAGGCUCCAAGAUCAUUGGUUAUUGGGUGGAGCACAAAGAGGAGGGCACUGAAGCCUGGGUCAAGGCCAAGGACACGGAAAUCCGUGGCACCCGGUUUGUGAUCACUGGUCUGAAGACUGGUGGUAAAUACAGGUUCAGAGUGAUUGCCUUCAAUGCUGCUGGCAAUGGUGAGCCAGGAGAAGUCCCAGAGGUUCUCGAAGUGAAUGACAGAAUUGUUGCGCCUGAGGUCGACUUGGAUGCCUCGGUGAAAGAAAGAAUAGUGGUCCACGCUGGCGGCGUGAUCCGAAUCAUUGCCUACGUGUCAGGCCAGCCAUCCCCCGAUGUCACCUGGAGUAGAGAUGGAGCUGCACUGCCUCCUGAGGCUAAAGUGGAGACCACAGCCAUCAGCUCAUCUCUUGUCAUCAAACCUUGCACUAGGAAACACCUUGGUGUGUACACACUGACCGCCAAAAAUGCUGGAGGAGAGAAGACAAAGAAGAUCACAGUGGAAGUUCUGGAUGUUCCCGGGCCAGUAGGCAUCCCCUUAGUUGCAGAGAACCUGAGCAGUGACUCCUGCAAAAUCAACUGGUUCUUCCCUGAGAAUGAUGGCGGCUCACCUAUAAGCAACUUCAUUAUUGAGAAACGUGAGGCUGAGCGCAAAGCCUGGACGUCGCUGUCCUACACCGCCAGCAGACAGAACGCUGUGGCUCAUGACCUCACACCUGGAAAGGCCUACUUCUUCAGAGUAGCUGCAGAGAAUGCCAUCGGUAUUGGACCCUUUCUGGAGACUGCAGCUGAGAUUGUCGUCAAGGAACCCAUCAGUGUUCCUGACCGACCAGAGGAGGUGGAAGUCACCAAGGUCACCAAAGAUUUGAUCAGCAUUGCUUGGAAGGCGCCCAAGUAUGACGGUGGCUCAGAGAUCACUAUGUAUGUCCUGGAAGCACGCAUGAUUGGCAAAGACAAAUUCACUAGACUGACAAAGGAGCACCUGAUGGACAGGAAAUACACCUACGAUGGCCUCAGGGAGGGUGACACCUAUGAGUUUAGGGUCAUUGCUGUCAAUGAGGUUGGCCCCAGCAAACCAUCUUUCUGCACCAAACCAGUCACCUGCAAGGACGAGCUGGAGCCGCCCACCAUUGAGCUGGAUUUCCGCGAUAAGAUCAUCAUCCGCGUGGGGGAGAGCUGCCUGCUGCAGGGCCGCUAUACUGGUAAACCACCUCCAUCCAUCACGUGGUAUCGUGACGACAAGGAGCUGAAAGCUGACAAACACAUCAUGUUCAAGAACACGCUAACCACCAUGUCGCUGGGCCUGAUGAAGGCAGAGCGUGAACACAGCGGCAGAUACGUGGUCGUUGUAGAGAACAGUACCGGAUCCAGGAAGGGAGUCUGCAACAUCACGGUUGUUGACCGCCCGACUCCUCCUGUUGGCCCAGUGGUGUUUGAGGAGGUUCACAGGGAAUACAUGGUGAUCUCCUGGAAGCCUCCUUUGGACAGUGGUGGUGUUGAUGUCUCUAAUUACAUAAUUGAGAAAAGAGACAUCAACAGAGAAACCUGGACCACAGUAACAUCUGCCACCACCAAGACCACAUGCAAAAUCCCCAAGCUGACAGAGGGCAGGGAGUAUAUAAUGAGAAUCUGUGCUGAGAACAUGUACGGUAUCAGCGACCCUCUGGAAUCUGAGGAGAUGAAAGCCAAAGAUCUCUUCAGAGUCCCCGAAGCCCCUGAAAUGCCAACAGUCAGGGAGGUGUAUGGCACCAAUGCUCUAGUGCUGUGGAACCGGCCUCGUGAUGGUGGAAAGCCCAUCACCAACUACAUCCUGGAGAAAAAAGAGACCACAGCCAAGAGGUGGUCCAGGGUCACCAGAGACCCACUGUACCCAGCCACUCAGUAUCGAGUCCAGGAUCUAGUGGAGGGCUGCGAGUAUGAAUUCAGGGUGAUGGCUGAGAAUGAGCUCGGACCUGGAGAUCCCAGUGUCCCCUCCAAGCCCAUACUUGCCAAAGACCCUAUUGUGCGCCCCAGUCCUCCUGUGACCCCCGAGGCCUAUGAUAAGACCAAGGACUCUGUCAGCCUGAAGUGGAAGAUGCCACGCCACGACGGGAGGGGACGAAUCUUUGGAUACCUUGUGGAGUACCAGACACCUGGUGCCGUAGAGUGGAUGCAAGCCAACGAAACCCCAGAGCAGUGCCCUGACCUCCACUAUGUGGUGACAGGGCUGGCUGAAGGACACGAGUACAAAUUCAGGAUCUUCACUGUCAAUGCUGCCGGCAAAUCAGAUCCUGCUUAUGUCAAGGACACCAUUAAAGUCCAUGACAGGCUUGAGGAACCAGAGUUGCUGCUGGAUGCCAACAUGGCACGUGACCACCUGGCCAUGCUGGGCACUGACAUCACCCUGAGUGCCACCAUCAAAGGUGUGCCGACGCCCACAGUCAGCUGGAAGAAGAACGAUGCAGACGUUCCUGCUCACAUCACCGUCGCUGUUACUGCCACUGGCAGCAAAGUCUUCAUCCCGAAGUGCGUCCGUGCAGACUCUGGCAACUACACCAUCACUGUUGAGAAUGCUGCUGGAAAGAAGACAGCAACCGUUGCUGUGCUUGUGCUGAACAAGCCUUCUCCUCCCAGGGACUUGGCGAUCUCUGAUGUGACCAGUGAGUCUGCCUACCUCACGUGGAAGGCUCCAGAGGACAAUGGCGGUGCCGUCAUCUCUCAUUACAUCGUGCAGAAGAAGAACGUGGCUGCUGAGCAGUGGGUACCUGUUGCUGCGGCCAAUAAGAAACUGAGUCUGAUGGCCAUGUACCUGAUGGAAGGAAUCCAGUAUUUGUUCAGGGUAGCUGCAGAGAACCAGUUUGGCAGGAGUGAUUAUGUAGUGACCAAAACACCCAUCAAGGCUGUCGAUCCUCUCUAUCCUCCUGGCCCACCCAAGAACCUGCACCAUACUGAUGCAGAUAAGACAGAGGUUUGGUUGGCAUGGGAGUGGCCUGACCGCACCGGCGGAAGUGAAAUUACUGGCUUCAUUGUGGAGCACCAAGAAGAGGGUCAGACUGACUGGGUCACCUUCAAGACCGUAAGCAACAAUCACACCCAUGUCACAGGUCUGGAGGAGGGCAAGACUUACCGCUUCAGGGUCAAAGCUCAGAACGCCAUUGGCGUGAGCCGUCCCGACACCAGUGUCCCUGUCACAUGUCAGGAGAAAACAUUGCCACCUACUAUUGAAGUUGAUGUAAAGCUUAUUGAGGGUCUCAUUGUCAAAGCUGGCACCACUAUUGCUCUUCCAGCCAAGAUGGUGGGAAUCCCUCUUCCCACUGCCAAAUGGAUGACUGAUAGCAAAGAGAUCACAUCUGAGGGCCGCUAUCACAUUCAGUCAGCUGAAUCCACAACCACCCUAAGUAUCCCUGAGUGCCAGAGAGCAGACACUGGAGAGUAUAUACUCACUGUGUCAAAUCCUGCAGGCAGCAAAACUGUUGCCCUUCAUGUGACCGUCCUGGAUCUUCCAGGUCCACCCAUUGGACCCAUUAAUAUUUUGGAAGUCACCCCUGAUUACAUGAUGAUCCAAUGGAGAGCCCCAAAGGAUGAUGGUGGAACACCUAUCACUAACUAUGUGGUGGAAAAGAAGGAUGUGAAAAAACCAUGGGAGCCUUGGUCUGUGGUUAGCUCCAGUGGCACAGUGACCAGAGCCAAGGUGUCCAGACUAGAGAAAGGCCGUGAGUACAUUGUCCGUGUGCGUGCGGAGAACAAGAUUGGUAUCGGUGCUCCACUUGAGAGUCCUCCAACUAUUGCCAAACACAUGUUUAACCCUCCCGGCCCACCAGGCCUACCAGAAUGUUCUGAUAUAACAGAGAAUGCUGUAACAGUGUCAUGGAGCCUGCCUGACUAUGAUGGAGGAAGUCCUAUCAGUGGUUAUGUGGUUGAACGCAGAGAAAUGACAGGAAAGUGGAUCCGUGUCAAUAAAACACCUGUUCUCGACCUCAGAUAUAGAGUCUCUGGCUUAUUUGAAGGGAACACUUAUGAGUUCAGAGUAUUUGCAGAAAACAUUGCUGGUAUCAGUGAGCCCUCGCUUACCUCUGAUCCCAUCAAGGCCACCCGAGCCAUCACCAAACCUGGCCCCCCUGGUAAUCUUAAACUGAAAGACUGGAGUAAGUCCCAUGCUGACAUCUGUUGGACCAAGCCUACAAGAGAUGGAGGUAGUCCCAUUCUGGGGUAUGUAAUUGAGGCUCAGAAGUCAGGAACUGCCCAGUGGGACAGAAUCAACAAAGACCUUGUCAAGAUGUGUGCCUAUAGAGUUCCAGGCCUCAUCGAAGGACUAGAGUACAGACUCCGCAUCAGAGCCACCAAUAAGGUUGGAGACAGUGAACCCAAGGAGCUACCUCAGACUAUCUUGGCAAAGGACAUCCUGGUACCACCUGAAGUUGUUGUUGAUGUGUCAUGCCGUGACUCUGUGACAGUCAGAGCAGGUCAGAUUAUCAGUUUGAUCACUAGAGUCAAAGGCAGACCCGAUCCAGAGAUCACUUGGACCAAGGAUGCCAGAGCUUUGGCCAGGGAUAAGCGCACACAGAUGAACAACAACUACCCACUGUGUGAACUCAUCAUAAACGAUGCAGUCAGAUCAGACUAUGGUAAAUAUGCUAUUGUGGCCAAGAACAGCAGCGGGCAGGCACAGGCUGCCAUUGUUGUCAAUGUCCUAGACACACCGGGAGCUUGCCAGAAUAUAAAAGUGGCUUAUGUGACCAAGAAAUCCUGCAUGGUUUCCUGGGAGAACCCUGAAGACAAUGGAGGAACUGAGAUCACGCAGUACAUUAUUGAAUGUCGUCAGCCCAGCCAGCGAGGAUGGACAGUGGUUUCCAAUGACUGCACUAAGCGUCUGAUAAAGGCUCCUCUUACAGAAAGUUGUGAAUAUUUCUUCCGGGUCAGCGCAGAGAACAAGAUUGGCACUGGUCCACCCACUGAGACCAAGACACCUGUAUUGGCAGUUGAUCCCAUUGAGAAACCUGGUGAACCCAUUGACUUCCAUAUAUCUGAGAUAGGCAAGACCUUCUGCUUCCUGAAGUGGAAGAAGCCAGAUUAUGAUGGUGGUAGCCGUAAUCUGGGUUAUCAUAUUGAAAAGAAACCAAAGGAGGCUGAUGAGUGGGAGAGGCUUCACAAGGGUGCCAUCAAGGAGACUUACUUCAUGGCCGACAGAUGUAUCGAAAACCAGAUCUACCAGUUCAGAGUUCAGACUAAGAAUGAGGGCGGUGAAAGCAACUGGGUUACCACAGCUGAAGUCAUGGUUAAGGAACAGUUAGUGAUCCCUGAGAUCAAGAUUAAAUUGGAUGGAACCCUUAUAGUAAAAGCAGGAGGCUCCAUUCCUAUAGAGGCAACAGUGACGGGCAAACCCCAGCCUGAUAUCAAAUGGACCAGGGAUGAAAGCACAGAGGAAAUUAAGAAGGGCCCCAGGCUUCAAAUCGAAAGUGGUGCAGACUUCUCUAAACUUCUGAUUACUGGAGCAAGGCGCACUGACAGUGGCAAAUAUGCUGUUACUGCCUCCAACAAUGCAGGAACAUGCUCUGCUCAUGCCAAGGUCAUUGUACUGGAUAGACCUGGCCCCAUCAGGGAUCUCAAGAUAUCCGGUAUCACUAAUGACAGGUGUCAUCUGGCCUGGGAAAUCCCAGAGGAUGAUGGUGGCUGUGAUAUCUACAACUACAUAAUUGAGAAAUGUGAGACCAAGAGGGGAGUCUGGUCUGUUCACUCCAAUGCCGUCAUCACCAACAAAGCGAAGGUAACUCGUCUUAUUGAGGGUAAUGAGUAUAUGUUCAGAGUUAGAGCCGAGAAUAAGAUGGGCUCUGGACCAGCAGUACAGAGUGAAGCUAUUGUUGCUGGAACGCAGUUCAGUGUACCUGGUGCUCCAGAAGCACCAGAGGUCAUCAAGAUUGCCAAGGAGGAGAUGACUGUUCAGUGGUCAGAGCCAGAGAAAGAUGGUGGAAAGCCAAUCACAGGAUAUCUGUUGGAGAAGAAAGAGGAGCAUGCUGUUAAGUGGUCUCCUGUCAACAAGGAUCCAAUUCCUGGAACUCGUUUCACAGUUACUGGACUCCUUCCACUUCAUGAAUACCAAUACAGAGUGAAGGCGGUGAAUGAAAUUGGCAUCAGCAACCCAAGCAAGGCUUCACGUGCAAUCACUGCUAAGGAUGCAGUUGAGCCACCUGCACCUCCUACUAACUUGAAGGUUGUGGACAGCACCAAAUCCACAGUCACCUUGGGAUGGACCAAGCCGGUGUCAGAUGGCGGAGCUCCCAUCAUUGGUUAUGUUGUGGAGAUGAGGGCAAAGGGAUCUGUUAAGAAAGGUGAAGAUGGCUGGAAGAGGUGCAACGUGGCAGCUCAGCUGAUCAUAUGCGAGUUCACAGUCACAAGUCUGGAUGAGAACCUUGUGUAUGAAUUCAGAGUGUCAGCUCAGAACCAGGUGGGCAUGAGCCUGCCAUGCAAUCUGGAAGGCGCCGUGAUUCCCAGGGAGAUUCUAGAGACACCCGAGAUAGACUUGGAUGCCAACCUAAAACAGGGAUUAACCGUAAGAGCCGGUUGUCCCAUCAGAUUAUGUGCCACCAUCAGAGGCAGACCACCUCCAAAGGUGAUUUGGAGGAGGAUGGGUAUUGACAACGUGGUCAGGAAGGGUAAAGUUGACAUCAUUGACACCAUGACCUUCCUGGUCAUUCCCAACAGCACACGUGAUGAAUCUGGAAAAUACUGCCUGACUCUGCAGAAUCCUGCUGGAGAGAAAGCUGUGUUUGUCAAUGUGAAGGUUCUGGACACUCCUGGACCUGUGAUGAAUCUGGAAGCUACAGACAUCAAACAGACAUCAGCAAUGCUGUCUUGGAGCCCUCCAGAGAACAAUGGUGGCAGUGACGUCACACAUUAUAUUGUUGAGAAGCGUGAGAUUGACCGCAAAACCUGGGCAACUGUCAAGGCCGAAGUAGCACUCGAUAAGAUUCCAUUCAAAGUUACCAAUCUGAUGCCAGGAACAGAAUACUACUUCAGGGUCACAGCUGUCAAUGAAUAUGGUUCUGGGGUUCCCAAAGUGACACCCACUUCUUACCUGGCUUCUGAUCCUGUCAGCAAGCCAGAUCCUUGUCAGAAAAUUGAAGUCCUAGAAAUCACAAAGAACAGUGCUUUGGUCGGGUGGGUGAAGCCUGCAGGGGACGGUGGUGCCAAGAUUGAUGGUUAUGUAAUUGAAUACAUUGAGGUCAAACCUCCUCCAGAGCCACCAGCAGCUGUGGAGGUUCCUGAAGGAGAGGAAGCUCCUCCACCACCUCCACCACCACCAGUUAUAGAGGAGGAAGAGAAGCCAGAGCCUGAAAAGGAAGUGUGGAACGCUUAUACUACAGUUAAAGGUUUGACAGUCAGCAUCAGUGGACUGAAGGAGGGCAAGAGGUACAAGUUCAGAGUGGCUGCCAAAAACAUCAUGGGUCUCAGCUUGUUCACUGAAACCAGAGACCCUGUUGAGAUCAAGGAACAGAUGUUGGAACCAAAGAUUGUCAUGCCAGAGGCAGCUAGUGCUAGAGCUGGAGCCAAGCUUAGAGUGGAGGCAGUGGUUUCAGGAAAACCAACCCCAACCUGCAAGUGGCUGCGUGGCGAAAAAGCCGUGGUUCCAUCCAGCUGCCUGGCUGUGCAUCAGUCAGGCAACUUGUGUGUCUUGAUCAUCAAAGACGUAUCAAGGACUGACACUGGAGAGUACAGCCUUGUGGCUGAGAACAGCACUGCAAAGGUCACCCAGACCAUGAAGAUUGUCAUCAGAGAUAUACCCGGGCCUCCUGAGGGCCCUGUAGAGAUCAGCGAUAUUGACUCUGAUGCUUGUUCCUUAUCCUGGAAUAAACCUCUGGAGGAUGGAGGGAGCAACAUCACUAACUACGUGGUGGAGAAAUGUGAUGUGAGUAGAGGCGACUGGGUGACUGCUCUCUCUACAUGCCCAAAGACUAAUUGCAGGCUGGGAAAGCUUAUCCCUGGGAAGGAGUAUGUGUUCCGCAUCCGUGCUGAGAACCGCUUUGGCGUAUCAGACCCCGUUCAAUCCGACAGGAUGGUUGCAAAGUUCCCCUUUGAUGUUCCAAGUGAACCCUUUAACUGCCGCAUCAACAAGACCAACAAAGACUGUAUGUUUGUGGCCUGGGAUAAGCCAGAGAGUGACGGAGGCAGUCCCAUCACGGGUUACUAUAUUGAGCGCAAAGAGAGGAACAGUCUGCUGUGGGUGAAGGCCAAUGACACUGUUGUUCGAAGCACUGAGUACCCAUGUGCUGGCCUCAUCGAGGGCCUGGAAUACACCUUCAGAGUAUCAGCUAUUAAUCGCGCUGGCCAGGGCAAACCAAGCAAGAAGACUGACUUUUUCACUGCAAGAACACCCGUUGACACUCCAGGUAAACCUGAAGUCCUGGAUGUAACCAAGAACUCAGUCACUCUGGUUUGGACCCGUCCUAAGAAUGAUGGAGGUAGCAAGAUCAUUGGUUACUAUGUUGAGGCCCUGCGGGUACCAGGAGACACUUGGAUACGCUGCAACACAAGUAGCCAGAAUGUGCCUAAGGAGGAAUACACAGUUACUGGCCUGGAGAGAGACUUGCAGUACCAGUUCAGAGUUAUUGCUAAAACUGCUGUCAACAUGAGCAGUCCCUCAGAACCCACAGACCCUGUCCUCGUGUGUGCUGAAAAUGUUCCUCCAAGGGUGGAGCUCAAUGCCAGGAUGCAGAAGGGUUUGAAGGUGAAGGCUGGAACUACAAUCCUCCUGGAGGCUGAUGUGUUCGGUAAGCCCAUGCCCAGAGUGACCUGGAAGAGAGGUGACGACAAUCUGAAGUCAGGUGAAGGCCAGGUUAUUACCCACCAAAGAAAUCACUUUCAGCUGGAAAUGACAGGUGUCACCAAGGAGCAUACAGGAACAUACACCAUCUUUGCUGAGAAUGCCAGUGGCUCCAAGAGUGCUGAGAUCCAGGUCAUUGUGCUAGAUGUACCUGGUCCUCCUGCAAAUUACAAAUGUGUUGAGGUGUUUGCCACUAGCAUCAAGUUGUCUUGGGAACCUCCUCUUAAGGAUGGUGGUGCCCCAGUCACCAACUAUAUAUUGGACAAGCGUGAAACCAGUAGACCUGAAUGGGCUCAGGUUGCAGGUAAAAUCAAGGGUGACAUCCUUGAGUUCACUGUGGCAAAGUUAAUUGAAGGUCAUGAAUACCAGUUCAGAAUCCGAGCUGAGAACACGUGGGGAGUUGGAGACCCUCUUAUCACCGGCCCUGUCAUCGCCAAGAACCCAUUCACUGUCCCUGGCCCCUGUGAAGCCCCAGUGAUCACCAAUGUCACCAAGGACCGUAUGACCGUUAGCUGGAAGGAGCCUGCAGAUGAUGGAAAGUCCACUAUCCUGGGUUACAUGUUGGAAAAGAAAGAGACCAAGGAAAUGAAUUGGACCAAGUUAAAUAGGAAGCCACUGACAGAAAGAAGUCUGGAGGUUACAGGCCUCACAGAGGGAGUCGAGUAUGAGUUUAGAGUUAUUGCUGUCAACGUGGCUGGGCCCAGCAAACCCAGCGAGCCUUCUUCUGGCAAUGUUGCACAGAAUCCUAUUACUCCUCCUGGACCUGUUGUGAAUCCUAGUGUGACUGACACCACCCACAGCACCAUCAGUCUUGCCUGGACUGCCCCCACCAACAAUGGUGGAAGCCCCAUUAUUGGAUACUUGGUGGAGUGCAAGAGGACAGACACCAAAGACUGGAUCCGCUGUAAUGUCCCAAGGAACCUGCAGGAGACCCACUACGUCAUUCAAAACCUCAUUCAUAAGUCAGAAUACCAGUGCCGCAUCACUGCUGUCAACAAGAUUGGCUUUAGUGAACCAGUUGAAGUCCCUGGGAAACAUGUUGCCAAGGACAUCGUUGUUGCUCCUGAGGCAGAACUGAGUGCAGAGCUGAAGGAUGGCCUGGAGCUACGUGCUGGUGCCACCAUGAGACUGCAUGCCACCAUCAAGGGUCGUCCCACUCCCAAAAUAACUUGGGCAAAGAUGAACACUAACAUUAAAGACCGUCAGGGCAUCAUCAUCAAAUCCACCCAUGUUGACACCAUGGUGAUGGUGGAGAAAGUGAACAGAUAUGAUGCUGGCAAAUACAUUCUGAGCUUGGACAGCUUAGCUGGCAUGAAGAUGUAUACCAUCGUUGUCAAAGUUUUUGACACUCCUGGACCACCAGUUAAUCUAAUGGUGAAGGACACAUGUAAGGAUAGUGCCUCCAUCUACUGGGAUGCUCCUCUGAUUAACGGUGGCUUUGAAAUUACCCACUACAUAGUACAGAAGCGUGACACUGAGAGGAAGGCUUGGUCUACCGUUUCCACCAACUGCAAUAAGACAUCAUUCAAGGUUCCAGACCUAGAUGCUGGGCGGUCCUACUGCUUCAGAGUGGCAGCAGUUAACCAGCUGGGUACUGGAGAGUUCUGUGAGACUGAUGAUUCAGUCAGAGCAACAGAGGAGCCUGGGCCUGUCAUGGACUUCAAGACCCUGCUGGUUACCAAGGAUUCUUGCACUUUAAGCUGGAAGAAACCCCUCACUGAUGGUGGUAGUCGCAUCAUCUGUUAUGUACUUGAGGUUCUCAAUGGUGAGGAUAAAUACAAGGAGCUAAUGAGGUCUAAGAAUAUGCAGUACAGUGCCAAGGACCUGGUGGAGGAUAGAGAGUAUACCUACAGAGUCAAAGCUGUGAAUGACACAGGAGAGAGUGCUCCCAAGGAGCUGAAAGUGGUUGCCAAGGACCAGAUCAUUCUUCCCAGUUGUGACUUGAGGGAGUUGCCCAACAUGUGCUACAUUGCCAAGGAAGGCAGUACCGUCCGCCUGAAGAUCCCAAUUAUUGGCAAGCCUACACCCAAGGUAACCUGGAAGAAGGGAGAUGAUGAAGACCUGACAGACACUGGCCGAGUGUGUGCCGAGUCCUCAGCAGUUAACACCACCCUCCUCAUCAGGGACUGCCAAAGGACUGAUGCUUCCAAAUACACCAUCACCCUGAGAAACAGUGCUGGAAGCAAAGAGUCCACCAUCUUUGUCAGGGUGGUGGGUAAACCUGGCAUUCCUGGAGGACCAGUAAAGUUCAAAGAUGUUGCUGCUGAUGGUGCCACACUAAAGUGGGGUCCUCCCAAGGAUGAUGGUGGCUCUGAAAUUACCAACUAUAUCCUGGAAAAGAGGGACUCCAUCACAAACAUGUGGGUGACUGUGUCCUCUGUUGUGGAGACCAACACCAUGAGAGUAACUGGUCUUCAUGAAGGCACAGAAUACAUCUUCAGAGUAUGUGCCGAGAACAAGUAUGGGGUCGGCGAAGGACUCAAAUCUGAGCCGAUUGUAGCCAAACAUCCAUUCAAUGUUCCUGAUGCUCCUGCUCCUCCUCAGAUUAUGAGCAUGCGCCAUGAUUCAGCUUAUCUUGCCUGGACUGAUCCAAGGAAGACUGGAGGAUCUCCUAUUACAGGCUAUCAUGUUGAGUUCAAGGAGAGAAACAGUAUGUUGUGGAAGAGGGCAAGCCCAGCUGCCUUGAAGAUGAGAGAACAUAAAGUCACUGGGCUGACUGAAGGUCUGGAGUAUGAGUUCAGAGUGAUGGCAAUUAAUUUGGCUGGAAUUGGUAGACCAAGUGCCCCCACUGAUCCACAGGUGGCCCUGAACCCCGUUGAUGCACCUGGUAAACCAGAUGUAAUCAGCAUUACAAGGAGCACUGUGACCCUCCAGUGGACUGAACCUCAGUUUGACGGUGGCCACCGACUGACGGGCUACAUUAUUGAGAAAAGAGACCUGCCUUCUAAAAUCUGGGUAAAGGCAAACAAUGUGAAUGUUGUGGAACCUGCAUUCACUGUCACUAAAUUGCAAGAGGGCUGCAAAUACGAGUUCAGAAUUCGGGCAAAGAAUGCUGCAGGCGCUCUCAGUCCACCCUCUGAGCAGACAGAUACCAUUAUCUGCACAGAUGAAUAUGCUGCGCCAACCAUUAUAAUUGAUGCUCAGGUGAUGGAAGGCUUGACUGUCCGAGCUGGCGAUACUAUCGUCAUCACUGCCACAAGCAUUUUAGGGAAACCUGCACCAACCUCCUGCUGGUCAAAGGGAGGAAAGUACUUUAAACCCUCAGAUCUUGUUCAAAUUGAGACCACUGCCACAUCCUCCACUUUGUCGGUCAAAUAUGCUAGCAGGAAGGACUCUGGAGACUACAUAAUCACUGCCAGUAAUCCCUUUGGUGUAAAGGAGGAAACUGUGAAGGUCAAAGUUCUGGAUGUUCCUGGUGCUCCUGGACCCAUUGAGUGCAGUGGUGUAUCCUCAGAAAAAGUGACUCUUACAUGGACAGCUCCUACUGAAGACGGAGGCUCUCCUAUCAAGUAUUACACCCUGGAGAAGAGGGAGACCAGCCGUUUGCUCUGGACUAUCCUAGAAGAUAACAUUAUUGAUUGUCACUAUGUGGCCAACAAACUCAUCCAGGGCAAUGAAUACUUCUUCAGAGUGUCUGCUGUUAACCAGUAUGGUGCCAGUGAGCCAUCACACUCUGAGGCAGUUAAAAUGGUAGAUAGAUUUGGUCCACCUGGUCCACCUUCCAAACCAGAGGUUGAAAAAGUCAAUGGACAUUCAGCCACUGUGACCUGGAGAAGACCAACUGAAGAUGGAGGAAGCGACAUCAUAGGUUAUUGUGUUGAAAAGAAAGAGAAAAAAGGCAUGAGAUGGGUCAGAGCAUCCAAGAAAUCCAUCACUGAACUCAGCUUUGAAGUCACAGGUCUCACUGAGGAUGUGGAGUACGAGUUUCGUGUUCUUGCUGAGAACAGAGCUGGGUUUGGUGAGCCAAGUGAACCGUCGAUGGUUGUCAGGACAAUAGUUGUUGCCUAUCCACCUGGACCUCCAGUCAAUCCAAGAGUUACAGACACAACCAAAACCACUGCCACUCUGAACUGGGGAAAACCUCUUCAUAAUGGUGGACUGGAAGUUACUGGAUAUGUCAUUGAGCACAAAAAAGAAGGAACAGAAGAAUGGGUUAAGGAUACCCCAUCAUCUCCACUUAGGAUCACUGAAUUUGUUGUUCCUGAACUAGACACUGGUGCAAAAUACUGCUUCAGAAUUAGUGCUGUGAAUGCUAAAGGAGUGGGAGAACCUGCCGAAACUAAGGAAUUCACUGAGAUUGUGGAGCAUGCAGCUGAACCUGGAAUGGAGCUUGAUGUUGAGCUCAGAAGAACUCUUGUUGUCAGAGCUGGCUGCUCCAUUCGCCUUUUUGUGCCAAUCAAGGGACGUCCUACACCUACUGUCACCUGGACCAAGGAAGGCGGACCUGUUCCACGUGCAGUCAUUGACAGCACUGAAUCAUUUACGAUGCUGAUCAUUCCUGAGAGUUCAAGAAUUGAUGCAGGCAAAUAUGAGCUUACCCUCGAAAACUCAGCUGGAAAGAAGAGUGCUGACAUACACGUGAGAGUUCUGGAUUCACCUGGGCCUCCGCUUAACCUAAAACCAAUCAAGAUUGACAAAGAAAGCAUUACGCUUCAGUGGGAAAUGCCUCUCAUUGAUGGUGGUGCAAAGAUCACAAACUAUAUAAUUGAGAAAAGAGAAUCAACACGCAAGGCUUUUGCUACUGUUGUUACAAAGUGCCCAACUACUUCAGUCAGAAUUUGUGACCUGGGUGAAGGUUGUGAGUACUAUUUCAGAGUGUCUGCUGAGAAUGAGUAUGGUAUCGGUGAGGCGGUUGAAACUUCUGAUCCAAUUCGUGCAUCCCAGACACCAAGCUCUCCAGAGAGCAUUAUUCCUACUGAUAUCACCAAGAACUCUAUCAGCCUGGCUUGGACCAAACCUAAGCAUGACGGUGGAAGCAGAAUUACAGGAUAUGUCCUGGAAGCCCAGAAGAAGGGAACUGAUCAGUGGUCUCAUAUUACGACGGUCAAGAACAUGGAUUUCACUGUGAAGAAUCUCAAUGAGAAUGAGGAGUACAUUUUCCAUGUAAUGGCUGUCAAUCACUCAGGUAGGAGUAUUCCAAAGGAGAGCAAACCCAUUGUUGUCAAGGACUCUACUUCUUUGCCAGAGUUUGACCUGCGUGGAGUUUGUCACAAGACUGUUAUUGCCAAGGCAGGAGAUGAUAUCAAGGUUGAAAUUCCAGUUAUGGGACGUCCUAGACCAACUGUCUCUUGGCAGAAGGAUGGCGCAGCCCUGAAACUCACACAGAGGACCAAUGUAGAAACUACUGCUGCUACAGUCAUUAUCAGUAUCAGUGAGUGCACCAGAGCUGACAGUGGUGUAUACACCAUGACAGGAAAAAACAUUGUUGGAUCUGUGACAGACAGCAUCACUCUGAAAGUUCAUGAUGUACCUGGUCCACCCAAAGGACCCGUUAAGAUUGUGGAAAUAUCUCGUACUUAUUGUAUCUUUUCAUGGGACGCUCCUGAGAAUGAUGGAGGGGUUCCCAUCAACAACUAUGUCAUUGAAAUACGAGACACCACUUCUCAAACAUGGACUGAGUUGUCGUCUACCGUCAUCCGCACAAUGUUUAAAGCCAUCCGGUUAACUACUGGAUCAGAGUAUCAGUUCAGAAUAAAGGCUAAGAACAGAUAUGGUGUUGGACCUCCUAUUACUUCAGAGACAGUGGUGGCUGCCUAUCCAUUCAAAGUCCCUGGUCCUCCAGGUACUCCUAACGUUGUUGCAUUUACCAAAAACUCAAUAACAAUUGGCUGGAAUGAGCCUGUGAAUGAUGGUGGAAAUGAAGUCAUUGGCUACCAUGUUGAGAGGAAAGAAAGAACCAGCAUAAUGUGGUAUAGGAUUAGCAAGGGUCUUGUAAAAGGAAAUAUCUUUAAAUCCUCUGGACUUGAAGAUGGAGUUGCUUAUGAGUUUCGUGUCAUGGCUGAAAACAUGGCUGGAAUUGGUAAACCCAGCAAGGCCUCAGAACCGAUAUUGGCCUUGGACCCUGUUGACCCACCAGGUCAGCCUGUGCCAAUAUCUGUCAACAAGAAUGCCAUUACUAUUCAGUGGACAAAGCCUGAGUAUGAUGGUGGGUUCAAAAUCACCGGCUACAUUGUGGAGAAGAGAGAACUGCCUGCUGGUCGCUGGAUGAGAGCCAACUUUACCAACAUAAUUGAAACAACGUUCACUGUUAGUGGACUAACUCAAGAUGCCUCAUAUGAGUUCCGUAUCAUAGCCAGAAACUCAGCAGGUGCAAUGAGCAUACCUUCUGAGCCUUCAGAUCCUAUUAUCUGCAAAGAUGACAUUAUCGAACCACGCAUUAUGGUAGAUGCCAUCUUUAGGGAUGUUGUUCUACUAAAGGCAGGAGAGUCAUUCAAGCUUGAAGCUGAUAUUGCUGGUCAACCAACACCAUCUAUGGUUUGGACCAAAAAUGGAAAGGAGGUUGAGAAUACAAUGAAACUGGAAGUUAGGUUCACUGAACUGACAACUACUCUAACCAACAAGGACUCUAUAAGGCCAGAUGGAGGUGAAUUCAUUUUGACUGCCACUAAUGUUGGUGGAUUUGCAAAGCACAUUUUUAAUGUUAAAGUGCUUGACAGACCAGGACCACCAGUUGGACCUCUUAAGGUAACUGAUGUCACAGCUGAGAACUGUGCACUCUCCUGGGCUCCACCUGCAGAUGAUGGUGGUUCCAAGAUUGAAGGAUAUGUGAUUGAGAAGCGUGAAUCAAGCAGACUGGUUUGGACCAGUGUUGUUUCAGACCUCCAAGAUACACAAUACAAGGUUACUAAGCUGCUCAAAGGAAACGAAUACAUUUUUAGAGUAAUGGCAGUGAACAAAUAUGGAAUUGGCGAAUCGCUUGAAUCACAACCCACUAUUGCAGACAACCCAUAUGUGAUUCCAGAUCCUCCUGAGAAUGCUGAGGUGACAGCUAUCACUAAAGAUUCAAUGGUUGUCAUGUGGCAAGCACCUAAGAGUGAUGGUGGAACUCCCAUCACCACCUACCAUAUUGAAAGAAAAGAUAGAAUGGGCCUCCGUUGGGUCAAGUGUAACAAGAGGAAAGUCAAAGAUCUGCAGUUCAAGGCAACAGGUCUUGUUGUUGGACAUGAAUAUGAAUUCAGAAUUAUUGCUGAGAAUGCUGCCGGAUUGAGUGUACCAAGUGUGUCUAGUCCAUUCUACAAGGCCACUGAUGGACUAUACAAGCCUGAAGCUCCAUGCAACCCCAGAAUCUUGGAUACAACCAAGUCUUCAAUUACUGUGGCUUGGAACAAACCUGCAUUUGAUGGUGGCUGUGAAAUAAUGGGCUACAUUGUAGAAACAUGCAUCCCAUCUGAAAAGAAGGAAGAAGAGGAAUGGACCAUUGUGACACCCAAGGAAGGUCUUCCUGCUACCUCAUUCACCAUUGUUAACCUGAAGGAGAAUCAAGAGUACAAGAUUCACAUCUCUGCUGUCAAUAGUGAAGGAAUUGGAGAGGCAGCAUCUGUACCUGGUAAUCCAAAGGCAGAGGACAGGCUUCUCCCUCCUGAGAUUGAUUUGGAUGCGGAACUUCGGUCAGUUGUCAGGCUUAGAGCUUGCUGUUCACUUAGACUGUUUGUGCCUAUCAGAGGCAGACCACCCCCUCAGGUAAAAUGGACCAAAGGAGAUGGGGAGCCAGUUGAGAGGGCAAUCAUUGACAGCACAACAUCAUACACAUCACUGAUAAUUGAAAAUGUCAACCGAUUUGACAGUGGAAAGUAUAAUCUUACUGUUGAGAACAGCUCUGGCUCCAAGACAGUUACAGUACAAGUCAGAGUGCUUGAUACACCAAGUGCCCCACAGAAUCUGAAAAUUACUGCUGUGACAAAGGAUGCUGUGACUCUGACUUGGGAUCCACCAGUGAAUGAUGGUGGAGUUAAAAUUAAGAAUUAUGUUGUUGAAAAACGUGAGUCUACAAGAAAAGCAUAUGCCACAGUCAAUGCUCUCUGCUAUCAAACCACCUUCACUGUUGACCAGCUCCUGGAAGGAUGCAACUAUUACUUUAGAGUUUUAGCGGAGAAUGAGUAUGGCAUCGGCUUGCCCAUUGAGACUGGUGAAUCAGUUAAGGUGUCAGAGAAACCACAGCCUCCUGGCAAAAUCACUCUUAAGGAUGUUACCAAAAACAGUGUCACUCUCUCCUGGGAGAAGCCAGAGCAUGAUGGUGGCAGUAGAGUGGGCUGUUAUGUUGUUGAGAUCCUGCCUAAGGGUGCUGACAAGUGGACCCAAGCACUGAUCGUAAAAGAAACAGAAGCUACUAUUAGUGGACUAAAUGCAGGUGAAGAAUAUAUGUUCCGUGUUGCUGCAAGAAAUGAAAAAGGAACAAGUGAUCCACGUCAGAUUGGAGUCCCUGUGAUUGUAAAAGACCUUGUUAUUGCACCUGCUGUCAAAAUGUUGUUCAACACAUUUACUGUGUUGGCAGGAGAAGACUUGAAAGUGGAGGUUCCUUAUAUUGCACGCCCCAAAGCAACAGUUUCAUGGGUAAAGGAUGGUCUCCCUCUUAAGAGAACUAGCAGAGUAAACUUUGGUGCUACAGACACAAUGCUGAACCUCACUAUAAAAGAAGCUACUAAAGAUGAUGUUGGACACUACAUUAUUACUCUUACCAACACAGCAGGAGAGACUAAAGCAGAUAUUGGCAUUGUUGUUCUUGACAAACCUGGCCAACCAGGUGGUCCAGUUAAGGUAGAGGAAGUCACUUCUGACAGUGUAACCAUCUCCUGGAAUCCACCAGAGUAUGAUGGUGGUUGCACCAUCAAAAGCUAUAUUGUAGAAAAGAGAGACACAUCUACAACUGCCUGGAUGGUUGUAUCUUCCAACGUAGCAAGGACCAAAAUUAAGGCAGGCAGGCUGAAAACAGGUUCUGAGUAUCAGUUUAGAAUUACUGCAGAAAACAGAUAUGGAAAAGGUCCAGCUCUUCUAUCACCAUGCAUUUUGGCUCAAUACCCAUAUAAACUCCCAGGCCCUCCAGGUACACCAUCCAUUGCAGUCUGCACCAAAGAUAGCAUGGUGGUCACCUGGAAUGAACCUGUCAUUGAUGGUGGAAGUUCUAUCUUGGGCUACCACCUUGAACGUAAAGAGAGGAACAGCAUCCUUUGGGUCAAACUAAACAAAUCUCUUAUUACAGACCAAACCUUUAAGACCACUGGUCUAGAACCAGGAAUGGAGUAUGAAUACAGAGUGUAUGCUGAAAACAUAGUUGGAAUAGGCAAAGCAAGUAAAGUGUCGGAGGGCUAUAUUGCUAGAGAUCCUUGUGAUCCACCUGGCACCCCAGAGGCAAUAAAGAUUACUAAGGACUCAGUGACUAUUGUUUGGACCAAACCUGAGUAUGAUGGUGGUGCAAAGGUUACAGGCUACAUUGUGGAAAAGAAGGAGCUUCCAGAGGGUCGUUGGUUGAAGGCUAAUUUUACUAAUGUAAUUGAGACGGAAUAUUUAGCAAGUGGACUUGUGGAGGGCAAUCAGUAUGAGUUUCGUGUCAUUGCCAGAAAUGCUGCUGGUGUUUUCAGUAUUCCUUCUUACAGCACUGGUCCAAUUACUGCCAGAGACGAGAUUGAGCCACCGCGCAUAAGCAUUGACCCAGAGUAUACACAGAAUAUUGUGGUCAGUGCUGGCGACAACUUCAAAAUUGAUGCAGAUGUUCAUGGAAAACCACUGCCCUCUAUCCACUGGAUGAAGGGAGAGCAGGAACUAGGCAACACAAUUCACAGGGAAAUCAAGAACACACCCACCAAAGCUUUUAUAUCUGUUAAAGAAGCUAAACUGUCUGAUGGAGGGCAAUACAUUUUGCUACUGAAAAAUCCUGGAGGAGAAAAGACUGUACAGGUCAAUGUUGUUGUUCUAGAUAAACCUGGAGAACCACAAGGGCCUCUUGUUGUCACAGGAAUAACCAAAGACAGAUGCUGCCUUGCAUGGAAACCACCAUUGCAGGAUGGUGGCAGCAAGAUCUGUCACUACAUUGUGGAGAGAAGAGAGACAAGCAGACUAAUCUGGACUGUAGUUGAACAAAAAGUGGAGAACAUUUGUCUAAAAGUUACUAAGCUCCUGGAGGGAAAUGAGUACAUCUUCAGAGUCCGUGCUGUCAACCAAUUUGGAGUAGGCGCACCACUUGAAUCUCCUGCUGUCAUAAUCAAGGAUCCAUACAUGCUACCUGGAUCGCCCAAGAACUUAGAAGUUUCAAAUAUUAAAAAGGAUUCAAUGGUGCUUACCUGGGAGGCUCCUUCUGAAGAUGGUGGCAGUCCUGUAACUGGAUACAUAAUUGAGAAGCAUGACAAAGAAGGUGUAAGAUGGACUAGGUGCAAUAGGCAAACAGUCACUGAUUUGAGUUUUAAGGUCAAAGGACUUUUGGAAAGCCACAAUUAUGAAUUCAGAGUUGCAGCUGAGAAUUCUGUUGGUGUUGGUGAGCCAAGCUCCCCAACUGUUUUCUACAAAGCUCUUGAUCCUAUCUUUAGGCCUGGCCCACCACAUAACCCAAGAGUUACAGACACUACAAGAACAUCAGUAUUCCUGUCAUGGGGAAAACCCAUUUCUGAUGGAGGCUGUGAGAUUCAGGGAUACAUUGUUGAGUGCUGCACUACUACUGCUGAAGCACCUGCUGCUGAAGGAGCUGCCACAGACACAGUUGUUGAAGAAUGGAUAAUGUGCACACCAGCUACAGGUGUUAAGAAGACUAAGUUUGAAGUUGCAAAUCUGAAAGAAAACCAGGCAUACAAGUUUAGAGUAUGUGCAAUCAACAAAGUAGGAGUUGGUGAGCAUGCUGAUGUUGCUGGAAUUGUUGUUGCUACGGACAGAGCAGAUGAGCCAGACCUUGACAUUGACCCAGAACUAAGAAAAAUUGUUACCAUUAAAGCUGGUGCGUCCCUAAGACUCUUCAUUCCUAUCAAAGGCAGGCCCACACCUACUAUAAAGUGGGACAAAGAUGAAGCUCCCCUUAAAGAGAGUGCUCAGGUUGAGAUAACCAGCAGUUAUACAUUGCUUGUGAUUGAUAAAAUGAGCAGAAAUGACAGUGGAAAAUACACAGUCUCUGCAGAGAAUUCCAGUGGAACCAAAUCUGCAUUGGUUGUUGUCCGCGUCCUUGACACACCUAGUGCUCCUGUUAAUCUUAAAGUGAAAGAAAUUACAAACCAGUCAGUAACAUUGGAAUGGGAACCACCUCUGUUGGAUGGUGGAUCCAAGAUCAAAAACUACAUUGUUGAAAAAAGAGAAAGCACACGCAAAACAUUUGCAGCUGUUGUCACAAAUUGUCAUGCUCUUUCAUGGCAGAUCGAACCACUCCAGGAGGGCUGCAGUUACUACUUCCGUGUACUUGCAGAGAAUGCUUAUGGUGUUGGUCUGCCUGCAGCAACGGUUGAUCCUCUUAAGGUCUCAGAAGUGCCCCAGGCUCCAAAGAGUUUAAUUGUUACAGAUCAGACAAAAACAAGCAUCUCUCUGGCCUGGGAGAGGCCAGAGUAUGAUGGUGGUAGCAGGAUCAUGCAGUACUUGCUUGAGGUGCAGCUGAAGGGUCAAGAGAAAUGGUCUGCUGUAAACACUUUUAAGACAAUGGAAGCAACAGUCUCCAAUUUGAACCCAGGAGAGGAGUAUCUUUUCAGAAUUACAGCUGUCAAUGAUAAAGGGAAGAGUGAUCCCAAAGUCCUUUCCGGGCCAGUGAUGACCAAAAACUUGGUCUUUGAGCCAGAUGUCCGUCCAGAAUUCAGCAGCUACAGUGUUCAUGUGGGCAAAGACAUUAACAUUGACAUUCCUAUCUUUGGACGUCCUAAACCUACCAUCACAUGGACUAAAGAUGGCGCUCCGUUGAAGUUUACUACAAGAGUCCAUAUUGUCAAUACACCAACACAUACAACACUAAGCAUAAAAGAGGCAGCAGGCGAUGAUGGUGGUAUGUACAGCAUAAAUGUUGCCAACUCAGCUGGAAAGAAAGACACAACAAUUGAAGUCAUUGUACUUGACAAACCUGGCCCUCCAUGUGGCCCUGUGAGAUUUGAUGAAAUCACAACACAGAGUGUCACUAUAUCAUGGGACCCACCAAAACACAAUGGUGGAUGCCAAAUUUCAAACUACGUUGUACAGAAAAGAGAUACGACUACUACAACAUGGGAGAAUGUUAGUAUCAACUGGGCCAGAACCACCAUAAAAGUACCUAGACUAAAGACUGGAGCUGAGUACCAGUUCAGGAUCAUUGCCCAGAACCGUUAUGGUAAAAGCCAUGGUCUGGAUUCAUCUGCUGUAGUUGCUCAGUACCCAUACAGAGAGCCAGGCCCUCCAGGCACUCCUUUCAUCUCUUCUCUCUCUAGGGACCACCAAAUUGUUGAGUGGCAUGAACCUGUCACAGAUGGAGGCAGUCCUGUUCUUGGCUACCAUCUUGAAAGGAAAGAGAGGAAUAGUAUUCUCUGGGUCAAGAUCAACAAGACUCUCAUCCACGAGACAAGUUUCAAGAGUUACCCCUUGGAGGAGGGUGUUGAAUAUGAAUACAGGGUUUAUGCUGAAAAUAUUGUUGGAAUUGGAAGGAGCAGCAAAGUCUCAGAGGGAUGUGUUGCCCGUGAUCCAUGUGAUCCUCCUGGAAUACCAGAGGCCAUCCAUGUGACCAAAGACACCAUUGUCAUUCAGUGGACUAAACCAGAAUAUGAUGGUGGAAGCAAUAUCACUGGCUAUAUUGUGGAAAAGCGUGAUCUGCCCGAGGGCAGGUGGGUAAAGGCAAAUUUUACUAAUGUGAUUGAGACCCAGUUUACAGUGACUGGUCUGACUGAAAAUGCACAGUAUGACUUUAGAGUCAUUGCUAAAAAUGCUGUUGGCACUGUCAGCAAACCAUCAUAUAACAGUGGACCUAUAACUGCAAGUGAUGCUGUGGAGGCACCCAAAUUCUCCAUUGAUCCUGCAUUCACCAAGACCAUUAUUGUCAAUGCUGGAGAGACAUUCAAGCUAGAUGCUGAUGUACGUGGCAAGCCGCUGCCAACAAUCCAGUGGUUCAAAGAUGACAAACCAGUUGAAAACACACUUCGACUAGAGAUCAGAAACACAGAAAACCAUGCAAUGAUUGUCAUUAAAGACUCCAUUAGAGUUGAUGGUGGAACUUAUACACUCCAGCUGAAAAAUGAAGCCGGUAGUGAGACUGUUCCAUUUAAGGUUUUGGUACUGGAUAAACCUAGCCCAUGUGAAGGACCACUCCAUGUCACUGGAGUCGCUGAAGAUAGAUGCACACUGGUAUGGCACCCCCCUCUACAUGAUGGAGGUAGUCCUAUUACACAUUACAUCAUUGAAAGAAGGGAGACAAGUCGUCUAGCUUGGACUGUUGUUUCUAGCAACUGUGGCAUCACAUGCUACAAAGUUACCAAAUUACUGGAAGGUGACGAGUAUAUGUUCCGUGUAAUGGCAGUUAAUAGUCAUGGUGUAAGUGAGCCACUGGAGUCUGGUGCAGUAAUAAUGAAAACUCCAUUUGUUCUCCCUGGUCCACCUCACAUUGAGGAUGUAUCUAACAUUGCCCAUGAUGGUAUGACCAUCUCUUGGUCUGCCCCUGAGACUGAUGGUGGCAGUGAAAUUACAAAUUACAUAAUUGAGAAAAAGGAUAGAACCGGGAUCAAAUGGACCAGAUGCAACAGACAGAAGGUCACUGAUCUCUCAUUUAGAGUUACAGGCCUGACCACAGGCCAUGAGUAUGAAUUCAGAGUGGCUGCUGAGAACAUAGUUGGAGUGGGAGAGCCAAGCCUUGCAAGUUCAUACUACAAGGCCUGUGAUCCCAAGUACAAACCUGGAGCCCCAGGAUAUGUGCAUGUGAUUGACUCAACAAAGACUUCUAUUACUGUGUCAUGGGGUAAACCUCUGUCUGAUGGUGGCAGUGUCAUUCAAGGAUAUAUUGUUGAAGUCUGCAAGGCUGAAGAGGAAGAAUGGACCAUGGUCACUCCUCCAACUGGCCUGCGUGUCAACAAAUAUGAAAUUACAAAGCUUACUGAGGGUCAGGAGUACAAGAUUCAAGUGUGUGCUCUGAACAAAUUGGGAGUUGGCGAGCCGGCAGUUCUGUCUGGAACAGCUAAGCCUGAAGAAAGGGUCGAACCACCUGAGAUCCACCUUGACUCUGAGCUGAGGAAGGGCAUUGUACUGAAAGCAGGCGGCUCUGUUAGAAUCAAUAUUCCAUUUAAGGGCAGACCAACACCUGAGAUAAAGUGGACUAAGGAUGACGGAAACCUGACUGAAAAACCAGUGGUCGAGAAAGCUCAUAAUUUCACACAGUUGUCUAUUGACUCAUGUGACAGAAGUGACUCAGGAAAAUACACCCUCACACUGACUAACAGCAGUGGCACUGUGUCUGAGGUUAUUUCAGUUAAAAUUCUGGAUGCCCCUGGGGCCCCACAGAACCUUGUUGUUAAAGAAAUCAGAAAGGACUCUGUCACUCUUGCUUGGGAUGCUCCAUUGAUUGAUGGAGGUGCCAAAAUCAAGAACUAUGUCAUUGACAAACGUGAAUCAACAAGAAAGGCAUAUGCAAAUGUGUCCACAAAAUGCACCAAAACAACAUUCAAAGUUGAGAACUUGAUUGAAGGUGCUAUGUACUACUUUAGAGUCAUGGCUGAGAAUGAAUAUGGAAUUGGGCCGGCUGUGGAAACAAAGACUGCCUCCAAGGCCUCUGAAGUACCACUGCCUGUUGGAAAGAUCUUCCUCAAUGAUGUCACUAAAUCCAGUGUCUCACUGGCCUGGGAGAAACCUGAGCAGGAUGGAGGGAGCAGAAUUGCUGGCUAUCUAAUUGAGAUGCAACCUAAGGGUACAGAUAAGUGGGGAGUUGCAACAAAUACAAAAACAUGUGAAGGUACUGUCACAGGCCUUACAGCUGGAACAGAAUACCUAUUCCGCAUCAUUGCUUACAAUGAAAAGGGAAAGAGUGAGCCAAAAGCACUUGCUGCACCUGUGAUUGCCACUGACAUGACCAUGGAGCCCAGCAUCAAAAUUCCAUUCAACACUUACAGUGUAUUAGCUGGAAAGGAUCUAAAGUUAGAUUUUCCUGUUCUUGGCAAGCCAAAACCUAAAGUCACCUGGGCCAAGGAUGGUCAGCCUUUGAAGGUGACAUCAAGAAUGAAUAUAAUAUCCACUAAAACAACAACGGGAAUAGAAAUUACUGAGGCAUGCAAGGAGGACUUUGGCAAAUACACAAUUACAGCAGCCAACACCACUGGAACAACCGCAGAGGAUGUAUCUGUCAUUAUCCUCGACAAGCCUGGUCCACCAAAAGGGCCAGUCAAGAUUGUUGAAGUGAGCAACACCUUUGUCCACCUCUCCUGGGACCCCCCAGAGUACACCGGUGGAUGCCAAGUAAAGAAUUACAUAGUAGAAAAGAGAGACACAACCAGUACAACAUGGCAAACAGUCACCACUCAGCUAGCUAGAACAGCUUUUAAGGUCAGCAAGCUGAAGACAGGUUCAGAAUAUCAGUUCAGAAUCAUAGCUGAAAAUAGAUAUGGAAAGGGUGCGCCUCUGGAUUCCAAGGCCAUUGUGGUGCAAUAUCCAUUCAAACCACCGGGUCCUCCAGGAACACCACAUGUGAAAUAUGCAACUAAAGAAAUGAUGAUCAUUGAAUGGAAUGAGCCAGUCAAUGAUGGUGGAAGUGCAGUUAUUGGCUACCAUUUGGAAAGCAAGGAAAGAAGCAGCAUUCUAUGGAGCAAACUGAACAAGACUCUCAUUACAGACACACAAUUCAAGAUCGUUAACCUUGAGGAGGGUAUUGGAUAUGAAUUUAGAGUUUAUGCUGAAAAUAUUGUUGGCAUUGGCCGAUGCAGUAAAGUAUCCGAGUCCUUUGUUGCUCGCGACCCAUGUGAUCCUCCUGGUACCCCAGAAGCUGUAUCUAUUUCUAAGAACCAGAUCAGGAUUCAGUGGACUAAGCCUCAGUAUGAUGGUGGUAGCAAAGUGAAUGGAUAUAUUGUGGAAAGGAAAGACCUCGCCUCUCCUGAUGGACGCUGGGUAAGAGCUAACUUUACCAAUAUAGUUGAGACUGAGUACACUGUCACUGGUCUAACAGAAAAUGAGCAAUAUGAAUUUAGAGUUAUUGCAAGAAAUGCAGCUGGCAUCUUUAGCGAGCCAUCUGACAGCUCUGGACCUAUUACUGCUACUGAUGAAAUUGAACCACCAAGGGCCUCAAUGGAUCCUAAAUACAAAGAUGUUAUUGUUGUAAAUGCUGGAGAAAAUCUGCUUCUGGAUGCAGACAUCUAUGGAAAACCAAUUCCUGAGGUGCUCUGGCUGAAAGAGGGCAAGGAAAUGGACAAAGCUUUGCGCAUCGAAGUGAAAACUACACAGAAACGUGCAGCAAUGACGAUUAAGGAUGUAACCAAGCUUGAUAGUGGCCACUAUGACCUCAUCCUCAAAAAUCUGGGUGGUACAAAAGUGUUCCCUAUCACAGUUAAAGUCCUUGAUAAACCAGGUCCACCCACUGGACCCAUGAAGAUUACUGGAGUCAUGGCCGACAGGUGCAUUCUUGCCUGGUCUGAGCCAGCUCUAGAUGGCGGAGCCAGUAUCACUCACUAUGUGCUGGAGAAGAGAGAGACUAGCAGGUUGUCCUGGACCGUGGCUGCAUCAGACAUCAAGGGUCUGUACCAUAAAGUAACAAAUUUGCUUCCUGGAGAUGAAUACAUUUUCAGAGUCAGAGCAGUGAACAAAUUUGGCAUUGGUGACUAUCUGGAAAGUGAACCCAUUAUUGCACGCAAUCCUUACAAGCCUCCUAGCGCUCCUGGAACUCCAGAAGCCAGUCUGAUCACAAAGGACUCUAUAGUUUUGUCGUGGACAGCUCCUGAACAGACUGGUGGAGCUGAAAUUGAAGGCUACCAUCUUGAAAAACGUGACAAAGACAGUGUACGGUGGACAAAAUGCAACAGACAAAAGCUUACAGACGCUCAGUUUAAAGUCACAGGUCUGAGCACAGAUCACUUCUAUGAGUUCCGUGUUGCUGCUGAGAAUGAGGUUGGAAUGGGAGAUUUCAGUGAGCUGUCCCUGUUCUACAGGGCAUGUGAUGCCAUAAGACCACCUGGGCCUCCGCACCAUCCUAAAGUAACAGACUACACAAAGUCCUCUGUCUCUCUGUCUUGGGGCAAACCUGACUUUGAUGGCGGUGCUUAUAUCAAGGGAUACAUUGUUGAAAUGAGGGAGUAUACACCGGUACCUGAGUCAACAGAGGAGGCAGAGAUAGCACCAGCAGUAGAAGCACCAGUUGAAAAAGAAUGGACAAUGUUCACUCCACCCAGUGGCAUUCAAGCCACCAAAUUAACUAUAACAGACUUGAAGGAGGGUGGAGAGUACCAGUUCCGUGUCUAUGCAAUAAAUUCAGAAGGAGUGGGGGAGGCUGCUAAUGUCCAUGGCACAGUGGUUACUUCUGACAGGGCAGAAGCACCAGAGAUAGAACUUGAUGCUGAACUCAGAAAGGUUCUAUCUGUCCGUGCUGGUGGGACUCUACGCCUCUUUGUCACCAUCAGAGGAAGACCUGAGCCUGCUGUAAAAUGGGAGAAAGUUGACAGUACCCUUACAGAGCGUGCUGUAAUUGAUACUACUAGUUCAUUCACCAUGCUUGUCAUUGACAAUGUUAAUCGCUUUGACAGUGGCAAAUACUCACUAACACUAGAAAACAGUAGUGGGAAAAAAUCUGCAAUUGUUGCAGUGAGAAUUUUGGAUACACCAAGUGCACCACAAAACUUUACCGUGAAGGAGCUAAAAAAGGAUUCAGUGACUCUUGCCUGGGAUACUCCACUUACUGAUGGUGGCUCUAAAAUCACAAACUACAUCAUAGAGAAGAGAGAGUCUGUUAGGAAGGCCUAUGCUGCUGUCACCAGCAACUGUACAGCAAACUCAUUUAAGGUAGAAGACCUGCCAGAAGGUGGAAUUUUCUACUUCAGAAUCUGUGCUGUUAAUGAAUAUGGCCAAGGCCAGAUGGUCGAAACCAAAGAAGUAAAGGUAGCUGAGGUACCUUUGCCACCAAGCAAGGUUACCCUUGUAGAUUUGACCAAGACUAGUGUGUCACUGGCUUGGGAGAAACCUGCUCAUGAUGGUGGAUGCAAAGUAAUGUGCUACAAUGUAGAAUUUAAGCCUAAGAGUGGGGAUAAAUGGGGCACAGCAUGUACAGUUAAGGUACCGGAAGCAACUAUUCCUAAUUUAACUCCAAAUGAAGCUUAUUUAUUCAGAGUUGUUGCAAUCAAUGAGAAGGGGAAGAGUGAGCCAAAGGAUCUUGGCUUACCUGUGGUUGCAAAGGAUGUUGCUAUUGAACCAUCUAUCAACUUGCUGUUUACCACAUACACUGUGAAGGCUGGAGGUGACCUCACUUUUGAGGUUCCAAUAAGAGGCAGACCAAAGCCCGCUGUGUCCUGGAAGAAGGAUGGCCUUCCUUUGAAGCAAACCACAUCAGUUUCUAUCUUAAACACUGCAGCCUCAUCCAAAAUCAUUAUCAAAGAGGCUAAGAAGGAACAUGUUGGGAAGUAUGAAAUGACUUUGGCAAACACAGCAGGAACUGUUACAGCAGAUAUUGGAGUCAUUGUCCUUGAUAAGCCAGGUCCACCUAAAGGAAUUAAGGUGGAUGCAGUGACUUCAGACAGCAUCUCCCUUUCCUGGUCCCCACCAGAAUAUGAUGGUGGCUGCUCCAUCAGCAACUACAUUGUGGAGAAGAGAGACACAAACACACAGGAAUGGCAGAUGAUAGCAAGUAAUGUUGCUAGAACAGCUUUCAAAGCUGGCCGCCUUACACAUGGAGCAGAGUAUCAGUUUCGUAUUUAUGCUGUUAACCGCUAUGGAAAGAGUAGCUAUCUGGAUUCACCUGGAAUCACUGCUCAGUACAAUUUUAAACAGCCCGGACCUCCUUCUACACCCAUAGUGAAACUGGCCACCAAGUCUUAUAUGCUGGUGACUUGGAAUGAGCCAGUUAGUGAUGGUGGUAGUCCUGUUCUGGGCUACCACCUGGAAAGGAAGGAGCGUUCUAGCAUUCUUUGGACAAAGAUGAACAGAGGAAUGAUCAAAGAUACAGAGUACAAAGUCACUGGAAUUGAAGAGGGCAUGAUGUAUGAAUACCGUGUAUAUGCUGAAAAUAUUGCCGGUAUUGGUAAAUGUAGCAAGGCUUGUGAAGCCGUAGCAGCAAGAGAUCCAUGUGACCCUCCAGGUAAACCCAUUAUCAUUGCAAUCACCAGAACAUCAGUCUCCUUAUCUUGGGAAAAACCAGAAUAUGAUGGUGGAGCAAAGGUUUCUGGUUACACAAUUGAACGCAGAGACCUUCCAGAAGGACGAUGGACAAGGUGCAACUUCACUAAUGUACCUGAGACCCAUUAUGAUGUGACAGGCCUUACAGAGAACAGCCAGUAUGAUUUCCGUGUCAUUGCAAAGAAUGCAGCUGGACUGUUUAGUAUACCAUCAGACAAUACUGGUCCCAUCACUAUUAAAGAUGAUGUGGAGCCACCACGCAUCAUGAUUGAUGUGAAGUUCAGAGAGACCGUGUUUGUGAAAGCCGGAGAAACUCUAAAGAUUAAUGCGGAUCUUGCGGGACGUCCUGCUCCUGUCAUUUCAUGGACCAAGAAUGGCAAAGAAAUCGAGCUAAGAGCUAGAAUUCAAAUUGUUUCAACAGACACCAGCACGUGUCUCACUAUGAAGGAUUGUAUCAGAAGAGAUUCUGGACAGUAUGCCCUGACUUUACAAAAUAUUGGUGGAACAGUUACCAUGCCAAUAAACUGUGUGAUUCUAGAUAGGCCAGGACCCUCAGCAGGACCACUUCAGAUUACAGGUAUCACAGCAGCAGAGUGCACUCUGUCUUGGGGUCCACCUCAGGAAUCUGGUGGUGCAGACAUCACUCAUUAUGUUGUUGAAAAACGUGAGACCAGUCGGCUGUCAUGGACACUGGUGAAGGCAGAUGUCACAAAAACAUUCUUUAAAGUCACAGGUCUGCUCAAGGACAAUGACUAUAUCUUUAGGGUUCUUGCUAUUAACAAGCAUGGUGUUGGUGAAGCUCUGGAGAGUGAUGUUAUAAAGGUUACAAAUCCAUACACCUUUGCCACUGCUCCAGCUAGUGUUGAUGUCACUACUAUAACUGGAGACUCAAUGACCCUCACCUGGUGCAAGCCAGCCAAUGAUGGAGGCAGUCCCAUUACUGGAUAUGUGAUUGAGCGGCGUGAGAAAACAAGCAUGCGUUGGGUCCGUGUGAACAGAGAUCCAGUUCCUGAAUUUACCACAAUAGUAACUAAACUCCGCAAGGGUUGUGAAUAUGACUUCCGAGUUUAUGCUGAAAAUGCAGCUGGUUUGAGUCCACCGAGUGAACCAUCUGCAACAUUCAGAGCAGUAGAUCCUCUGGUCAUUCCUUCUCGUCCAACCAAGCCAAAGAUUGUGAAUUCAACCAAAGACACCGUGUCUAUUGUCUGGAAACCACCAACAGAUGAUGGUGGUGCUCCUAUCCUUGGAUACAGUGUAGAAUACAGAGACUACAUCCAGAAACCAGAGGAAGAGGAAGAAGAAGAAUAUGAGGAGGAAGAGGAGGUACUUGAGUCACCUGAAGAACUAGCAAGAUGGGUUGAGGCCAUCCCUCUUACAAAGAGCUUAGAAUUCACCAUCACUGGAUUGAAGACAGAUGCAGAAUAUGAAUUCUGUGUUAAAGCAAUCAAUAAAGUUGGCAGCAGUGUGCGUAGUCCAUAUUCAAAUCCAUCUGCCGCAAAGGACAGAACUGCAGAACCAUCAUUUGAUGUUGACAUUGAGAUGCGUAAAGUGCUCUCUGUUAAGCAUGGUACAGCAUUUACUCUUAAUGUGCCAUUCAAGGGAAACCCUUUGCCAUCAGUGACAUGGGCUAAGGAGGGUGUUGAUCUGAAAGUCAGAGGAACCAUUGAAUCAACAGAAUCCAGCACUUCAUUGACUAUUGAGAAGUCAACUAGAAAUGACUCUGGAGAAUACACUGUCACAAUUGAAUCACCACUAGGAAAAGCAACAUUGCCUGUGGUUGUCAAAGUACUUGACUCUCCAGGACCCCCAGUGAAUGUUAAAGUAUCUUCAGUGACCAGGGAUUCUGCAACCCUCACUUGGGAUCCUCCAGAGAAUGAUGGUGGUGAUGCAGUAAAGGCCUACCAUGUUGAAAAACGUGAGGCCAGUAAGAAAGCCUGGGUGUCUGUGACUGGCAACUGCCACACUCUGACUUACAAGGUGGAAGACCUACAGGAGGGAGCUAUCUAUUAUUUCAGAGUUAUUGGAGAAAAUGAGUAUGGAGUGGGUGUCCCUCAGGACGCUAAGGCUGGGACAAAGAUCACAGAGGUACCAAGUCCACCUAUGAAACUUGGAGUUGCAAAUGUUACCAAGGACAGUGUUACUAUUGCCUGGACCAGACCAGAAUAUGAUGGCGGAAGCAGAGUCACUGGUUAUCUUAUUGAUGCCCUGGAGAAAGGACAGACCAAAUGGGUGAAAUGUGCCACUGUGAGGACCUUGACUCACACAAUCAAGAGCCUUAGGGAAGGUGCUGAGUACUUUUUCAGAGUCCGUGCUGAGAACCAUGCUGGACUUAGUGAACCCAAGGAGAUGAUCGUUCCAGUUAUUGUCAAGGAAAUACACGAGGCUCCAGAGUUUGACCUAAAGAACUACCCCAAGAAUACAGUUUAUGUAAGAGCAGGAUCCAAUUUGACCUUUGAGAUUCCAUUAACUGGCAGGCCCAUGCCAAAGGUCACUGUUUCCAAGAACAAUAUUGUCAUUAAGGGAUCCAAGAGGCUGCUGACAGAAGUAACUCCAGAUAGUUUAAUCAUCACCCUAAAUGAAAGUGUUUCAGUGGAUGCUGGCAAAUAUGAAAUCACAGCCUCAAAUGCAGGAGGUACUACCAAGAUUUUCAUUAUCUUCGUUGUGCUGGACAGACCUGGACCUCCUGUUGGUCCAGUUCAGAUUGGAGAAGUUGGAGAGACCACAGUGUGUCUGAAAUGGACUCCUCCAGAGUACGAUGGUGGCAGUCCUGUUACGAAUUAUGUUGUUCUUAAACGUGAAACCAGCACUCCUGCCUGGGUAGAGGUGUCGACUACCAUUGCCAGAAGUGAGAUCAAGGUGACUAAGCUGACUAAAGGAGAGGAGUACCAGUUCAGAAUUAAGGCUGAGAAUCGUUAUGGUAUCAGUGAUCAUAUUGACAGCAAGCCGGUCAUGAUAAAGCUUCCAUACACUGUGCCUGGACCUCCAUCCACACCUUGGGUUAGCUAUGUAUCUAGAGAGAGUCUCACAGUCUGCUGGAAUGAGCCAGUCAAUGAUGGUGGAAACCCUGUGGUUGGAUACCAUCUCCAGAUGAAAGAGAGGACCAGCAUCCUUUGGCAGAAAAUCAAUAAGACCCCAAUCCCAGGAGACCAGUGGCGUGUCACAAACAUCUGCCCUGGUCUUAUCUAUGAAUUCAAGGUGGCAGCUGAAAAUUCUGCUGGUAUUGGAAAAAUGAGCAAAACAUCAGAAGAAGUGCUUGCUAUUGAUGCCUGUGAACCCCCGGCAAAUGUUCAUGUCACCGAAGUCACGAAGAACUCGGUCAGUCUGGCCUGGCAGAGGCCUCCAUAUGAUGGUGGCAGUAAGAUUACUGGUUACAGUGUAGAAAGGAGGGAGGCACCCAGCGGCAGAUGGGUGAAGGCCAACUUUACAAACAUCAUUGAGAUGGGUUUCACUGUAUCUGGACUGACCCAGGAUGAGUCUUAUGAGUUCAGAGUUUAUGCUAAGAAUGCAGUUGGGUCUGUCAGCAAUCCAUCUCUCAUUGCUGGACCAGUGACUUGUGUUGAUGCAUGUGGUGCCCCAGCUAUAGACCUUCCUCCAGAGUACCUGGAUGUAGUUCAGUACAAAGCUGGAGCUACAGUUAAGCUCAGAGUAGGAAUUAUUGCCAAGCCUCUACCAACGAUUGAGUGGCUCAAGAAUGGAAAGGAGCUAGUAACAACCUCCACUGUGUCUGCUGAAAGCACAACGGACUCUUCUGCUGUUCUGAUCAAGGAUGCAACUCGCAAUGACACAGGUUCAUAUGAGAUCAAGAUUAAGAAUGUUCUGGGGUCAGCAUCUGCAACCAUCAGAACUGAAAUCCUAGACAAACCUGGACCCCCAGCUGGCAUUAUUAACUUCAACUCCAUCACAGCAGAAAGAAUUAUGUUCAGCUGGGAACCUGUGCCUGAGUGUGACCAGGGAGGCUCCAAAGUCACCCACUACAUUGUUGAAAGACGUGAAACCAGUAGAGUGGUGUGGUCAACAGUUUCUGAAAGGUGUGAACAGACGUACAUUACUGUUGGCAAGCUGGUCCGUGGAAAUGAGUAUGUAUUCCGUGUAAUGGGUGUUAACAAGUAUGGAGUUGGAGAACCACUGGAGUCAGAGUCUGUCAUCGCUAAGAAUGCCUUUGUAACUCCUGGGCAGCCUCAUACCCCUGAGGUGACCACCAUUACAAAGUCCACUAUGGUGGUGGAAUGGGGCAAACCAGGUGUGGAUGGAGGCAGUGCAGUGACAGGCUACUACCUGGAGAGACGAGACAAGAAGAGCUUGCGCUGGAUCAGAGUUUAUAAAGAGCCUGUCACUGACGCCAAACAGACAGUUUAUCACUUGACAGAAGGAAAUGAAUACCAGUAUCGUGUGUGUGCCAUUAACAAGGCCGGAGAGGGACCGUUUUCUGAUGCAUCAGACUAUUAUAAGGCUGCUGACCCAGUUGAUCCACCAGAUGAGCCUUGCAAGUUAAAGGUGGUGGACUCUACCAAGACUUCCAUCACUUUGGGCUGGUCCAAGCCAGAAUGGGAUGGAGGAAGUGAGGUCACAAGUUACAUGGUGGAAAAGCUUGUGGAGGGAGAAAAAGAAUGGGCUAUGAUUACCUCCAAAGGAGAGGUCAAAACAACAGAAUAUGUUGUCCACAAUUUAAAACCAAAUGUUAACUACUUCUUCAGAGUCUCUGCUGUCAAUUGUGCUGGUCGCGGAGAGCCUCUGGAGAUGACUGAACCAGUGCAGGCUAAGGACAUCCUGGAGGAGGCCCAGAUUGACUCUGAUGUUGCCAUGAGAACUCACUACAUUGUGAAGGCCGGCAAGGAUGUUGAGCUGUCUGUUCCAUUGAAGGGCAGACCUGCGCCCACUGCCUCUUGGAGCAAGGGAGAAGAAUGCAUUGACCACGAUCCCAAAUAUGAAUUCCACCAUUCAGACACAAGCACAGUCCUUGUUAUGCGUGAGGUGACCAAGCUUGAUACUGGAAAAUAUACAGUAAAGAUAGAGAAUGGUGUGGGUGAGCCCAAGACAGUGACUCUGUCUGUCAAAGUCCAAGACACCCCAGCUCAGUGCAGGAACCUGGUCCUGAAGGAGGUGACCCGUGGAAAGGUGACUCUCUGCUGGGAGGCCCCACUUCUUGAUGGCGGUGCAGAGAUUACUAACUAUGUUGUGGAGAAGAGAGACUCAUCCAAGAGAUCAUACUCUAUGGUGACAAACAAAUGCACAGACACAACAUACACCAUUGAAGAUCUUUCUGAAAAGACAUCCUUCUUCUUCCGUGUCUUAGCAGAGAAUGAGAAUGGUAUCGGUGAUCCAUGUGAAACACAUGAACCUGUUAAGGCUACAGAAACUCCAGGCCCAGUCAAGGAGGUUUCAAUGAAAGAUUCAUCAAAGACCUCCAUCACUCUCCAGUGGCUUAAGCCAGAUUACGAUGGUGGUAGUAUAAUCUCUGACUACAUUAUUGAGAAGAAGGUCAAGAAUGAAGAUUGGUCAUUAGGAGGAACAAGCAGACAGUGUGAGUUUGAGGUAAAGAAACUGAAGGAGCACUCGAACAUGUUCUUUAGAGUUGCUGCCAGGAAUGAGAAAGGACAUGGAGAUUUUGUUGAAAUUGGACCUAUCAAGGUCAUUGACUACAUUAUUACACCAGAGGCAGACCUUACAGAAUAUCCACAUGGUAGCAUCAGCAUUCGCCUGGGUCACAAUGUGCACAUUGAACUGCCAUACAAAGGAAAACCCAGACCUUCUGUUCUUUGGAUGAAGGACAGCCUGCCGCUUAAAGAGAGUGAUCAAGUACGCUUCAAGACAACAGAAAACAAAGCCACCCUAAUGAUUAAGAAUGUGAAGAAGGAGAAUGAGGGCAAAUACACCUUAACCCUUGACAACAAAGUGAACAGGAAAUCCUUCCACAUCCAUGUCAUCACACUGGGACCACCAUCAAAGCCUGUUGGACCUAUCCGACUGGACGAAGUGAGAGCAGAAAGCAUUAUGAUCUCAUGGGAUGAACCAAAUGACUAUGGUGGUGGAGACAUAACUUGCUACACCGUGGAGAAACGUGAUACCUCCCAAAAUGACUGGAAGAUGGCCUCCUCCAGUGUACAGGAUACUCAAUUCAAAGUCUCCAACCUUAUCAAAGGUGUCCAAUACCAGUUUAGAGUGUGUGCUGAAAACAGGUAUGGUGUCAGCGAGCCUCUGCUUUCGCAAAUGGUUAUUGCCAAGCACCAAUUCAGACCACCAGGCCCACCAGGCAAGCCGAUUGUAUACAAUGUUACCAACGAUGGUAUGACCAUUCAAUGGGAGAAACCUAUCUAUGAUGGUGGCACCCCUAUUCAGGGCUAUCAUGUGGAGAAGAAGGAGAAGAAUAGCAUUAUGUGGCAAAAGGUGAACACUAUGUUGAUCAAAGAAACAGAUCACAGGAUUUUGGAGCUCAUUGAAGGCCUUGAAUACUCCUUUAGAGUCUAUGCACAGAAUGAUGCUGGGUUCAGCCGAAUGAGUGAUGAGAGCAAACCAAUCAUGGCCGUCAGUCCAGUUGAUCCUCCUGGCCAGCCUGAUUACACUGAUGUGACUAGUGACUCAGUGUCACUGAAAUGGGAUGCACCCAAACGUGAUGGCGGUAGCAAGAUUGUUGGAUACAAUAUCGAGAAACGCCAAGGACAUGGACGCUGGUUCAAGGCCAACUUGACUGAUGUGCACGACUGUCAGUAUACCGUCACUGGAUUGGCAACAAAUGAACGCUAUGAGUUUAGGGUCAUUGCCAGAAAUGCCAUGGGUGUUGUCAGUCCUCCAUCCAACUCUUCUGGCAUGAUUGCUGUCAGAAGUGAAAAUGCUCUUCCAAACAUUGAGUUUGGCCCAGAGUACUUUGAAGGUUUGACAGUCAAGGCAGGAGACAGCAUCAGGCUAAAGGUGACCAUCACUGGACGCCCAGUUCCCAAAGUUGUCUGGUUCCGAGAAGGUGUGGAGAUUACAAAAAAGAUGAUGGACAUUAUUACAGUUCCUGGAUCCAGCACCCUCUUUGUCAGGGAUGCUGAUCGUUCACACUGUGGGUGCUACACUGUGGAAGCUACCAAUGGGUCUGGAACCAAAAAGGAAAACAUCCUUGUUCAAGUCCAAGAUACACCUGGCGAGCCUGUUGGACCGAUCACUUUCAGUAACAUCUCAGAGGGCAAGUGCAGUCUGUCUUGGAACCCACCAGAGAAAGAUGGUUGUUCUGAGAUUUCACAUUACAUCAUUGAGAAGCGUGAGACAGCCAAGAUUUCGUGGGCAUUGGUGUCUGAUGAAUGUAAGGAGUGCACCUUCCACGCAACCAAGCUCAUUAAGACUAAUGAGUAUCAAUUCAGGGUCUCUGCUGUUAACAAGUUUGGAGUUGGCAGACCUCUGGAAUCCAGUCCCAUCAUUGCACAGAUGCAAUACACCACUCCUGAUGCUCCAGGCACUCCUGAUGCAACUGAAGUUACAGGAGAGAGCAUCACCUUGUCCUGGACUCCUCCAAAAUCUGAUGGAGGAAGCCCGAUUCAUUAUUACAUCCUGGAAAAACGUGAAAAGAAGACUGUCCGGUUCUACAAGGUGAUCACCAAGAAGCCUAUUACUGACUGUGCACAUAGGGUUAUCAACCUGACAGAGGAUAUGGAAUACGAGUUCCGUGUUAUGGCUGUAAAUGAUGCUGGUGUUGGAACUCCUAGCAACAUCUCUUUACCCAUCAAAGCCGCUGAGCCAAAAGAUAUACCUUGCGCUCCAUCAGUGGUCUGUGUUUCGGACUCCACCAGUACCUCCAUCAGUUUGGAAUGGACCAAGCCUGCUGACGAUGGAGGCAUGGAGAUUCUUGGCUACAUAAUUGAAAUGGUGAAGGGAGAAGAGGUGGAAUGGAAGAGAGUAAAUGAGGAGCUUGUAACUGAAACAAAUUAUGUGGUGACAGGUCUGCAGACAGGGGCUGAGUACAAAUUCCGUGUUGCAGCUGUCAAUCAUGUGGGUAGAGGUGAAGACAAGGAAAUUCCAGAGCCUGCUCAGGCAGUAGAUAGGCUAACAGUGCCACAGGUAGAUAUUGAUGCUGCCUUUAAGCAGACACACAUUGUCAAAGCGGGAGGUUCAGUGUGCUUGGGCAUCCACUUCAGAGGAAAGCCUAUUCCUACUGCCACUUGGGUGAAGGAGGAAGGAGAGCUCAGUGUCAUGUCAGAGGUAACAACUACUGAUGGUUACAGUUCUCUGAGCAUUGAAAACUGCUCUAGAAAUGAUACUGGCAAAUAUACUGUAAACCUAGAAAAUUCCAGUGGUAGCAACGCUACUACAUUUGUUGUAAAAGUCAUGGACACUCCUGGACCUCCAGAGGCUGUUGCCUUCAUGGAGGUGACCAGAGGCUCAGUCACACUUAUGUGGAAAUCUCCUCUUAAUGAUGGCGGAGCCAGAAUCCAUCACUAUAUUGUUGAGAGGCGUGAGGCUAGCCGCCGCACUUGGCAGCAGUCCGGUAGCAAAUGCACACAGCACUACCUAAAGAUACAGGACCUGCUGGAAGGAGUGCCAUACUUCUUCAGAGUCUCAGCCGAGAACCAGCAUGGUGUGGGUGAGGCAUUUGAGCUGACUGAGCCUGUCAUUGCCACUGCAGCACCAUCAGCUCCAAAGAGACUGGAUAUCCUCGACACCACAGACAACUCUGUGUCACUAGGCUGGCUGAAACCAGAGCAUGAUGGCGGUAGUCGCAUUCAGUGUUACGUCAUUGAAGCUAGGCCAAAAGGUACAGACAAAUGGGUAGUUGUUGGCAACACCAAAAAUCUGACCUAUGUUGUUGAAAAGCUCAACAAGGGUGAUGAAUAUGACUUCUGUGUGAAGGCUAAGAAUGAAGCUGGUUAUAGCAAGCCCAAGGAAACUCUGGCUCCUGUGCUGGUCAAAGAGCCUCACAUUGAACCUGCUGCUGACCUCAGUGAAAUCACCAACCAGCUCAUCACAUGCAGGUCUGGAAGCACUUUCACCAUCGAUGUUCCAAUCAGUGGCAGACCUGCUCCUAAGACCACCUGGAAGUUGGAGGAAAUGAGGCUGAAAAACACAGACAGAGUCUCAAUCAAAGUUACUAAGGACAGAACCAGUAUCUCAGUUAAGGAGGCCAUGAGAGGAGAUGGUGGGAAAUACCAUCUGACUCUGGAGAAUGUGGCAGGAACCAGAACGUUUACUAUUGAAGUUAAUGUCACAGGCAGACCCAGUCCUCCAAGUGGACCAAUAGAAAUCUCAUCAAUUACUUCUGAGUCCUGUGUUGUUAACUGGCAUCCACCAGAAGAUGAUGGUGGCACUGACAUCACCAACUACAUCGUAGAGAAGCGUGAAUCUGGCUCAACAGCCUGGCAGCUCAUCAACUCCAGCGUGAAGCGCACCUCUCUCCACGUCAGUAACCUGACCAAAUACAUGCAGUACACAUUCAGGGUCUCUGCAGAAAACAGAUUUGGUGUCAGCAAGUCCACUGAGUCUGAGACUAUUGUCGCUGAGCAUCCUUAUACACCUGCAGGUCCACCGACAAAGCCUAUAAUCUUUAAUGUCACUGCUAAUACAAUGACACUGCAAUGGGAGGAGCCCUACCAUGAUGGUGGAAGCAAGGUGACUGGUUACUGGAUUGAGAAGAAGGAAAGGAACAAUAUCCUGUGGGUGAGGGAGAACAAGAUCCCUUGCUUUGAGUGCUCUUACAAGGUGGAAGGUCUGGUGGAAGGCCUGGAAUAUCAGUUCAGGGUUUAUGCCAUGAACAGUGCUGGACUGAGCAAAGCUAGUGAGGCCUCAAAGGGAGCAGUUGCUCAAAACCCUGUUGAUCCACCGGGUAAGCCUGAAGUCACCAACGUAACAAGGACCACAGUAUCCCUGAAGUGGUCGUCUCCACUGUAUGACGGUGGCAGUCCAAUUGUGGGCUACAUCAUUGAACGCAAGCCAUACACGUUGACUGGCGAGGGCCGCUGGCUGAAGUGUAACUACACCAAUGUGACUGACAACUUCUAUACUGUUACUGCGCUGGGAGAGGGAGAGCCCUACGAGUUCAGGGUUAUUGCCAAGAAUGCCAACCAGGUCUUCAGCAGACCCUCUGAGUCCACCGGCUCUGUGCAGUGCAAAACUGACUUUGAGCCUCCAAAGGCCCAGCUUGACAGCAAGCUGCUCUCUGAAACUGUGAUGGUCCGGGCUGGUUCAGACCUGGUUCUGGAUGCUGCAGUGGGUGGAAGACCUGAUCCUAAGGCUUCUUGGUCCAAGGGUAACAGAGAGCUGGACUUGUGUGAAAAGUACCACUUGCAGUAUACCCCGACUAGAGCCAUGGCCAUCAUCAAAUUCUGUGACAGAGAUGACACUGGAAAAUACAUCCUCACAGUCAGGAACGUAAGUGGAACCAAAACUGCAGAGGUCAAUGUCAAAGUGCUUGACACACCUGGAGUUUGUGAGGGCAGCAUUGAGAUCAGUAAGAUAACAGAGGAAUCCUGCACUCUGAGCUGGAAGCCUCCUCUUGAAGAUGGUGGUGAUGACGUCUCUCACUACAUUGUGGAGAGGCGUGACACAAACAGACUUAACUGGGUAAUAAUGCAUGCCGAAUGCAAGGAACUGACCUGCAACAUCACCGGGCUGAUGAAAAACACAGAGUACCUGUUCAGGGUGCGGGGAGUCAACAAGUACGGGCCUGGAGUCUAUCUCCAGUCAGAGCCCAUGGUCGCCAGAAACACCUUUACUGUGCCAUCUCCUCCUGGUGCUCCAGAGAUCCUGGCAUCAGGAAAGGACUUUGCCACCAUUGAGUGGCUGAAACCAGAGAGCGAUGGAGGUAGCCCAUUGAUCCAUUACUUAGUCGAGAGACGUGAGAGAAAGAGUGCUCGCUGGGUGAAGGUGAACAGGGAUGGUGCUCACUUAGACACCACGCUGAAAGUGUCCGGUUUGACUGAAGGCAACAUCUACCAGUUCAGAGUGACGGCCAUCAACAAGGCUGGAGAAAGUGAGCCCAGCGAGGUUUCUCUAUAUGUUGUCUGCAGAGUGCCAACAUGUACCCCUGCUCCUCCUUCUAUUCCUCGUAUCACUGACACACACGCUGACAGCAUCAGCCUGGCCUGGUCCCGACCCGUAGAGGACGGAGGAGCUGAUGUGAUUGGCUAUAUUCUAGAGAUGAAGGAAGUGGGAGCAGAAGAAUGGAAGAAGGCCCAUGAAAAGACCCUGCGUACCACAGAGUAUGUAGUAACCGGACUUUCAGCAGGCAAGAAGUACUGCUUCAGAGUGGCCGGCAUUAACAUUAAUGGUACAGGAGACUUCAGUGACCCAUGUGCUGAGACCGAGCCAGUGGAGAGAAUUGAAACUCCUGACUUCGAGCUCCACGAUGACCUUAAGAAAACUAUCUGCUUGCGGGCCAGUGGCUCCCUUCGCUUAUUUGUUCGUGUCACUGGUCGUCCUGCUCCUACAAUAACGUGGAGCAAGCCUGGUGUUGACCUCCACAACAGAGGCUUCAUUGAGGUCACCAACACUUCCACCACUCUCAUUAUUGACAAAGUCAACCGCUACGAUGCUGGCAGGUACACUCUGGUGGCGGAGAACUCUGCCGGGAAACAGGAAGUCAGCAUUUUGGUUAAGGUUUAUGAUACUCCUGGACCAACUGGGCCAAUCAAAAUGAAGGAACUGACCAAGGAGUCUGCAACCAUCUCUUGGGAUGCUCCAACUGUGGAUGGUGGUGCUCCUGUCAACAAUUACAUCAUUGAGAGGCGUGAAGCGUCCAUGAGAGCCUACAAAACAGUCACAGCCAAGUGCAGUAAAACAUCUUACAAGAUCGAUGGCCUGAUGGAGGGCAUGCUGUAUUAUUUCCGUGUUCUCCCUGAGAACAUCUAUGGUAUUGGAGAGCCCUGUGAGACACCAGAUGUCAUCCUGGUUUGCGAGGUGCCUCUGCCACCACAAAAAUUGGAAGUGAUUGAUGUCACCAAGAGCACUGUCACCCUGGGCUGGGAGAAACCGGAACAUGAUGGUGGCAGCAGACUGAUAGGUUAUGUCAUUGAAGCCUGCAAGUUUGGUACCGACAAAUGGAUGAAGGUGGCUACAUUGAAGCUCACAGACUUUGAGCACACCAUUGAGAAGCUGAAUGAGAAGGAGCAGUACUUGUUCAGAAUCAGAGCCAUCAACAGCCGAGGAGCCAGUGAACCCAAAGAACUUGUUGCAGCUGUCACUGUACAGGAACAGAGAGUAAUGCCAGUAGUGGACUUCUCUGGCAUUCCUCAGAAGGUUGUCAAUGUGCUGGCUGGCAAGACCCUGGAUCUGGACCUGCCUAUCAUCGGCAGACCUCCUCCUGUUUGCUCCUGGUACUUUGGUGACAACAAGAUAAAAAUCACAGACCGUGUCAAGAUCAAGAGUACUGGCAAGUUCACCAAACUGACGAUGUCUGACACCACCAUCGAUGACACUGGUGACUACACCCUGGAGGUGAAGAAUGCUGUUGGUGUCAUCACUGAGUUCAUCAAAGUCGUCAUUCUCUCUAAACCUGAUGAGCCAAAGGGACCCAUCAGGUUUGACGAGAUUGAUGCCACCACCGUCACUUGCAGUUGGGAUCCUCCAAUCAGAGAUGGUGGAGCUCCCAUCAGUGGCUAUGUGGUGGAGCAGCGUGAUGCCCACAGACCUGGUUGGGUGCCUGUCUCUGACUCUGUCAGCCGACCAAUGUUUAAAUUUGAUAACCUGAUCGAGGGAGAUGAGUAUGUCUUCCGUGCAGCUGCUGUGAAUCAUUACGGCACUGGAGAAUUCCUGCAGUCUGAGAUUGUCACCUGCAGAAGCAUGAAGAAUAUUCCUGGACCACCUGGACGUCCAGUUGUUUUCGAUGUUUCUCGUGAUGGUAUGACUGUGGCUUGGGAGCCGCCAGAUGAGGAUGGUGGCCUUGAAGUUUCUGGUUACAUCAUUGAACGGAAAGAAGUCAGGGCUGAUAGAUGGGUGCGUGCCAACAAGAACCCCGUAACCAUGACCAGAUACCGGUCUACUGAGCUGAUCGAGGGUCUUGAGUACGAACACAGAAUCACUGCCAUCAAUGCCAGAGGACUUAGCAAGCCAAGUCUGCCAUCUAAACCAGCAGUGGCAACAGAUCCCAUUGAUCCACCUGGCUGUCCUCAGAAUCCAAGGAUCACUGAUACCACAAAGUCCUCUGUGUCACUGGCUUGGAGUCCUCCUGAUGAUGAGGGAGACGCUAGGGUAGAUGGUUACCUGAUUGAGAUGCAGAAGGUGGGCACUAUGGCCUGGAUUAAAUGCAACACCACACCAUCUCUAAUUUGUGAGUACACUCUGACCAACAUGCCACAAGGAGAGCAGUUCAAAUUCCGUGUGAUGGCCUGCAAUGCUGGUGGCUCUGGAGAGCCCGCUGAAGUGCCUGGAACAGUUACUGUGACUGAGAUGCUUGAAUCUCCUGAAUAUGACCUGGAGCUGAAAUACAAAGAUCUGUACGUGGUCCGCUACGGAGGAGUGCUUAGAUUAUCUGUACCCAUUAAAGGUAAACCUCAGCCAACCUGCAAGUGGUCAAAGGAUGGCGGUUUAGUGUCUGCCAGGGCUAUGAUUGCCUCCACUGAAGAUGCCAGUGAGCUUGUAAUCAAGGGAGCUGAGAGGAGUGACUCUGGUGUCUAUGAUCUCCUGCUGGAGAAUAAGGUUGGCAAGAAGAAAGUCCAAAUCAAGGUGAAGGUCAUUGGCAGACCAAGUGCUCCAGAGGGACCAAUAGUCUUUGAGGAGAUUCAGGCCAACUCUGUCAGGCUGUCCUGGAAGGCACCUAUUGAUGACGGUGGCUCAGAAAUCCUUGGUUAUAUUGUGGAAAGACGUGAGGCAACCAGAAAUGCCUGGUAUACUGUAGACUGUAGAGUGACUGAAACUCAGUUGCUUGUUAAGGGCCUGAAGGAGGGAACAGAGUAUCACUUCAAGGUCACAGCUGAAAACUCAUUUGGUAUCAGUGCAUCCCUGAAGUCUGAACAGCCAGUGGUACCCAUGACUCCUCUCUGUUCCCCUGAGCCUUCAACUACCCCACCAGAGAUUAUGGAUGUCACCAAGAGCUCAGUGGCACUUGCAUGGUCCAGACCAAAGGAUGAUGGAGGAUCUGCUAUCACUGGUUACUUUGUUGAGUACAAGGUGGUGUCUGCUGAAACAUGGUCCCGUCACGAGGCCAAGAUAACCUCCACCAUGUUUACUCUACCUGGACUCACCCCAGAUACGGACUACCAGUUCCGCAUUGUUGCUGUCAAUGACAUAGGCGAAAGUGAGGCAGGUCCUGUGUCGGACCCAGUCACAUGCAAAGAUCCAUUCGACAAGCCCAGUCAACCAGGUGAAAUUGACACAGUGAACGUGAGUAACAACAACAUAACAAUCCGCUGGCAAGCUCCAGAGUGUGAUGGUGGAAAGGAGGUCCUGGGCUAUUGGGUGGAAUACAGGAAGUCCACAGAGAGCACCUGGAAAAAGUGUAACAAGGAGAGACUUAAGGAAAAGGAGUUCACGGCACGUGGACUAGCUGAGGCCACAGAAUAUGAAUUCAGGGUGUUUGCUGAGAAUGAGACGGGAAUGAGCAGGCCUCGUAGGACUGCCACAUGUAUCAAAACCAAGCUGACUUCUGAAACUAAACCAAGCCUGAGAAAAGAAAUGGAUGAAGUAACUGCCAAACUUGGCCAGCCUGCAGUUAUGAAGUGCCAGAUUAUUGGAAGACCCGUUCCUGAAAUAAAGUGGUAUCAUGCAGGCAAGGAAAUUAUCGAGUCUCGCAAGUACGAGAUGAGCUCUGACGGCCGCAACCACUCCCUGUCAAUUAUGACUGACCAGCAGGAAGAUGAAGGCGAAUACACCUGCAAGGCCAUCAAUGACGCUGGAGAAGCAGAGACCACAGGCAUGUUGGUUUUGGAGGCGGCGCCAUCAUUCCACCCUGACUACCCACUGAAGGAAAUCCAUUUUGCUGGCCUCGGAACUACUCUGCGUAUCCAUGCUGUUUACAUUGGCCGUCCUGAGCCAAAGAUCAUGUGGCUGCAUGGGGCAAAGACUCUGGAAAACACAGAAGACAUAAGCAUUGAGACCACUGAGCACUACACACAUCUGGUCAUCAAGAACGUGCAGCGCAGAGUCCAUGGAGGCAAAUACAGAAUAAGACUGCACAACCACUUUGGCCGAGCUGACACCGCAUUCAGUGUUGAAAUCUACGACAAACCUGAUAUACCUCAGGGUCCCAUUGUUCUGGAUGCCCUGCUGAAGAACUCAGUGAUCAUCAGCUGGAAGCCUCCCAAAGAUGACGGUGGCUGCAUGAUUACGAACUAUAUUGUGGAGAAGCGUGAGGACAGGGAGGGCUCAGAGUGGGAACUGGUGUCGUCAUCCAUCAAUGGCACAUCCUGCCGUGUGCCCAACCUCAUCGAGAGUGCUGGAUACUUCUUCCGGGUCUAUGCCCAGAAUCGCUAUGGCAACAGCAAGCCACUGGAGCUCACUUGCCCGAUCCUCAUCAAGAGUCAGCUGGAGAGACCAUCGCCACCUCUAUCACCAGUUGUUUCUGGAAUUACUAAGGAUUCCUGCGUGGUUUCCUGGAAACCUCCUCUCAGUGAUGGUGGAUCCAAGAUCAAGAGCUACUACCUGGAGAAGAAGAACAAAAAGGACAGGCGGGAAUGGACUGAAUGGACUCCAGUGACCACAGAUGAAAUCAAACAAACAGUCUUUUCUGUGAAGCGCCUGACCGAGGGUGUUGAGCACAUCUUCCGUGUCAAAUGCGAGAAUCUUGGAGGGCAAAGUGACUAUAGCGAGGAGACCACUCCCAUCAUUCCAGCCGCAGCUGUCGAGAUCCGUGCUCCUGCCUUUAAGGAGGAGCUGAGGAACAUGAGUGUCAAGUACAAGAGCAAUGCUACCCUUGUCUGUAAGAUUACAGGACAGCCCAAGCCUGUAAUUAAAUGGUUCAGACGAGGAAAAGAGGUCCAUUCUGAUGGAAAGAAGAUCAAGAUCCAGGAGUUUAAGGGAGGUUACCAUCAGCUGGUCAUCACAGAGGCUGACGAGGAAGACUCCACUGUUUACCAGAUUAGGGCCACCAACCAGGGAGGCUCCAUCUGUGCCACUGUCUCUCUGGAUGUUGAAAUUCCUGCCAAGAUCAACCUGCCAAAGAAUCUGAAGGACAAGGAAGCCAUCCCUGCCCUGCGUGGAGAGGUGGUUAAUAUCAAGAUUCCUUUCAGUGGAAAACCAGAUCCUGUCAUCACAUGGCAAAAAGGACAAGAUCUAAUUGACAGCAAUGGACACUACCAGGUCAUUGUCACCAGAUCAUUCACUUCUUUGGUGUUUCCCAAUGGAGUGGAGAAGAAGGACGCUGGUUUUUACAUCGUCUGUGCCAAGAACAGAUUUGGCAUUGACCAGCAAACAGUUGAGCUGGAUGUAGCUGAUGUGCCUGAUCCUCCACGUGGUGUCAAAGCCAGUGAUGUCGCGAGAGACUCUGUGACACUGAACUGGGUGGCACCAGCAAAUGAUGGUGGCAGUAAGGUCAUCAGCUAUAUCAUUGAGAAGUGCCCCACCACAGCUGAGAGGUGGCAGCGUGUUGCCCAGUCCCGUGACACCCAUUACACAGUUACCAAUCUGUUUGGCGGAACGAGCUAUCAGUUCAGAAUUAUUGCUGAAAACAAGUUUGGACAGAGUGCCCCAUCUGAGUCAAGCGGACCUGUCAUGACAAAAGAGGACAAAUCCCGAGUUCUGCUCUAUGACAGGGAGGUUGAUGAUACAGGAUAUGUCCCCAGGAGCAAGGCUCCACACUCUGAUGCCAAGAAUCUGCACAACAAAUUUGCCAUUGCAGAGGAAUUGGGCAGAGGGCAGUUCGGCAUUGUCCACCGCUGUGUUGAAAUUAGCUCUGAAAAGACUUACAUGGCUAAAUUUGUCAAAGUGAGAGGUGCUGAUCAGACAUUAGUAAAGAAAGAAAUUGCAACACUGAAUUUGGCCAGACAUGCCAAUUACCUUCUCCUCCACGAGUCCUUCGACAGCCCGGAGGAGCUGGUGAUGAUCUAUGAUUUCAUCUCAGGUGUUGACAUAUUUGAGCGCCUCAGUAUAGCAGAGUUUGAACUUAAUGAGCGUGAAAUUGUUAACUACAUCAGGCAAGUCUGCUCAGCUCUUGAGUUCCUUCACACUCAGAGUUAUGGACACUUUGAUAUCAGACCUGAGAAUAUUAUAUACACUACUAGAACCAGCUCGAAUGUGAAGAUUAUUGAGCUGGGACAGUCCAGACACCUGACUCCUGGAGACCAAAUCAAGAUUCAAUAUACCACAGCAGAGUAUGCUGCCCCUGAGAUCCACCAGUGUGACAUGGUUAGCACAGUCACUGACAUGUGGUCGGUUGGUGUUCUCGCCUAUGUGCUUCUCAGUGGCCUUAAUCCGUUCACAGCUGAAACCAACCAACAGACGAUCGACAACAUUUCCAGUGCAGCCUACAGCUAUGAUGAUGAAUCCUUCAAGCAAGUCAGUGUCGAAGCACUAGACUUCACAGACCGCUUAAUGACAAAGGAGCGUAAGCAUCGGAUGACUGCAGCUGAGGCACUGGCACAUCCUUGGCUCACCAAACCUGCAGAGGAGAUCAGUGCCAGAGCAAUCCCAACUGGCAGGCACAAGAGAUACUGCCAGACAAUGGUGAGGAAAGAGUGGAACACUGUUGUCUCUGGUGCCCGUGUGGCUAGCGGGGGUUCCAUUAGGUCUCAGCGUGGCGUCUUUGUUGCGAAGGUGAAAAUUGCACCAUUUGAACAUGGUCCUCUUGCAGGGCAGAUUGGCCACGCAGUGGUGAAUGAGGGUGACAACGUGAAGUUCAUUUGCAACAUUGACAACUAUGAUAGCACUACUGAAGUAACAUGGUACUGUGGUGUCAAGCAACUUGAAGCUAGUGACAAGUAUGAAAUUGAAUAUGAAGAUGGUCUGGCAGUAAUCACCAUCAAUAAGGUCACAAGAGCAGAUGAUGGCACGUACAGAUGCAAGGUUGUAAAUGAGUAUGGUGAGGACAGUGCCUACGCUGAGCUGUUUAUCAGCAGUGUUAGGUCUUACCGCGAUUUCUUCACUGCCCGUGUGGUUAAGAGAACAAAGCGCAGAGUAGAUACUGCCAGAAUGCUUCAGAAGCCACCAGAGUUUACACUUCCUCUGGUCAACCAUACAGCUUAUAUGGGUGAGGAUGUGCGCUUUGGUGUUACCAUUACUGUGCACCCUGAACCUCGUGUCAUCUGGCACAAAUCUGGACAAAAGCUUAUCCCUGGACAUGAUGAAAGGAAAUACACUUUCAUCAGUGACAAGGGCUUGUACCAGCUGAUUAUCCACAAUGUGGAGACCGAAGAUGAUGCAGAGUACAGCGUUGUGGCCCGUAACAGGUAUGGGGAUGACAGCUGCAAGGCUCGUCUCACUGUUGUUCCUCGACCUAAACCAGCAGAUCUCACCCUGAGGCCCAUGUUUAAACGUGUGCUUGCAAAUAUCGAUUGUAAGGAGGGCCAGGACAUACGUUUUGAGAUCAGAGUAUCUGGUCGUCCAUCACUGAAAUGGGAGAAGGAUGGCACGCCUUUAGCCUUUGGACCAUCCAUCGAGGUUGUCCAUGAGGGCCUGGAUUACUACAUUCUUCAUGUGAAGGACACUCUUCCUGAGGAUUCUGGUGUGUACAGAGUUACUGCUACCAAUUCUGCUGGAUCCGCCAGUUGCCAGGCCACACUGAAAGUGGAGCGCACCGCUCAUGUAAAGAAGGAAUAUGAGCCCAGUGAAAAGGAGAAGCAAAAGAUUGCCAGAAAAGAAGAAUUAGACAAAAAAGUUAGGCUCUCUCAGAUUUUGGCUGGCACUGUUGUCACCCCCCUACCACCUGCAGCAGUAGAAGCUGUCAGGGAAGCCGCCACCAUGUUUAAACCUGCUGUUACAACUAAGAAGGGUGAGAAGACUGAAGCUGAGAUACAGAAAGAGCAAGAGGAGAGGAAGAAGAGAGCAGAUGAGAAGAGACUGCGUAUGCCCUAUGUUGUCCCCACACCUCGUAUCGUUAACCCAGCUGUUCUUGAAGAAGAUGUAGAAAUAAAACACUUCAAACCUCUUUCUGACAUGAAAUGGUAUAAGAAAUUGCGGGAUCAGUAUGAAUUCCCUGAGCCAAUGGAGAAAAUCCCACAGAAAAGGAUGAAGCGUAUCCGUCUGUCUCGGUGGGAGCAGUUCUACGAGGUACCAAUCAGGAUUAAGGACCAAUAUAAGCCAAAGUGGCGCAUUUCAUCUAUGACUCAGGAUGACUUGGAGACUGUGAGGCCAGCAAGGCAUCGCACUCCUUCUCCUGAGAUGGAGACCUACCACAGAAUCAGGAGGAGGUCUCUAGGUGACCUGUCAGAUGAGGAGCUGCUGCUUCCUGUGAAUGAGUAUCUGUCCAUGAAGAGAACUGAGGAGGAGAGGCUUCGUCUGGAGGAAGAACUGGAGCUUGGCUACUCCGCUUCUCCACCUAGCCUUAGUCCAGUUCGCUUUGAGUUGUCUGCCCUGCGUCCCUCAUCUCCUAGAAGGACCUACGGUGACGAUGAAGAGGAAGAAGAAGUUCACAGAUAUGAUUCCUACAGAAUUCCAUCCAAAUAUGAGGCUGGCCCAAGUUUUGUUGAUCUCCGCCAGCGUCAUGACAAAACAACUUAUAAACCUCCAAGACAAAAGCAGAGGGUGUAUGAAGAACGAGAGGACCAGGAGCUGCUGCGGCCACACACGACUGCUCAGAGAAUCACCUCUUACAAGAGUGAACUCAAACGAAUGGAGUUUGAGGAGAAGACACGAAUCUCACAAAAGGAAAGCACUGUUGCUGUUUCAAGAAUCUCUGAAGUCACAGAAUCUGAGCACCUGACAGCUUUUACCUCAGAAUAUAUCCCUAAACCAAUCAAAAAGCUCCCAGAGACCGUGAGGAAAAGAUCCCCUACCCCAGAAAAGGCUGUCAAGACAGAUGUGACACUCCCUAAGGUUGACUUCAUGUCCAGGUAUGAGGAGAGAAAGCAGGCUCUGAGAUCAGAGAGAAGAUCUGUAGAGAGAAAGGUUGAGGUGGUGACACAAGCACCCUUCAGCCUUGACCAUCCCCCACGGAUUACUGUCAGGAUGCGAUCUCAUCGUGUACCUUAUUGGUCCAACACAAGAUUUACCCUGAAUAUCCAGGCCAAACCUGAACCUGAGGUCAAGUGGUUCCACAAUGGAAAACAAAUCCAUGGGAGCAGCAAAUAUACCAUGACCAACAUCAGUGGAGUCCUGACUCUCCAGAUCAUCAACUGUAUGACUGAAGAUUCUGGCACCUACCGUGUGGUUUGCAAGAAUGCCAAAGGAGAGACUUCUGACUAUGCCACACUAGAUGUAGCAGAUGAAUACGCUGCCUUCUCUUCACUUCGCAAAGAUGAAGAGCCUCCAUCUGCCCAUCUGCCAGAGAUGACCAAAACAGAGGUAUAUCACGUCUCAUCCUCUAAAACAUCAGUAACGGAAGCUGUAACUGAGACUGUGAAGGAGACCACUACUGUUGUUGAGAAGCCAAAGGAGAAGCCCAGUGUCCCUGCCAAAAUUCUGACUAAGCCACAGUCCCUCACUUUAGAGGAGGGACACACUGCCAGAUUUGAAUGUGAUGUGGAUGGCGAACCAGCACCUUCUAUAAGCUGGCUGCGUGAAGGAGCAGUUGUUGCUCCCUCUGCCCGACACCACAUUGUGUCUACUCAGUACAACUCCUCCUUUGAGAUCUCCUCUGUUGAGAUGUCAGAUGAAGGCAGCUACACUCUCUUAGUCGAAAACGCUGGAGGCAAACAAGAAGCCCAUUUCACCCUGACCAUCCGGAAGUCUGAGUCAAAGGAGAAAGUGGUUGCCCCUCCCAGAAUAACUUCUCCAGAAGCUAAAUCCCCUCUUGCAAAGUCCCCUGAACCGGUCAAAUCUCCCCAGAGGGUGAAAUCCCCUGAGCCAGUCAAGUCACCACAGAGAGUGAAGUCUCCAGUCUCACCAAAAUCCCCAACACCAAAAUCUCCAACACCCAAAUCUCCAACCCCAAAAUCUCCUACUCCCAAAUCCCCAGUCACAUCUCAGAAGGAACGAGCGAUUUCUCCAAUCAAGCCAAAGAGAGUGAUGUCACCGCCUCUUGGAAAGAAGCCGUCCUUCUCUGUUGGGCUGAGUGACAUCACAGCGUACUCUGAUUCUGCUGUGAAGCUGUCAGUAAAGUUGACAGGAGAGCCCACACCUACAAUCUCGUGGAUGAAGGAUGGAAAGGUUUUGUCUCAAGGUGGAAAGUAUGAGUUAUUUGAGGAUUCUGGCUCAGCUCAUCUCGAGAUCUAUGAAUUGGAGGCCUCUGAUAGUGGGGUGUACAAGUGCACUGCUACAAACAGCGCUGGAGCAGUUUCAACUAUGUGUACUGUCAGUGUACAAGGCUCAAAGAGCUCCAAAACAAAAGCUGAAAUCUCUGAGGAAGUUGUAAAAAGAGAAAUGAUCCAUGAAGAAAUCUCGUCUUCUGUAAAGGAGGUGAAGACCUCCCACAGCCAGAUGUCGAUCACAGAGGGCCAGUCUCUAACACUGAGGGCGAGCGUCCCUGGUGCCUCUGACGUCAGAUGGAUCCUAAACGGGGUUGAAAUGACCAACUCGGAGCAGUACAGAUAUGGAGUAUCUGGAAGUGACCACACCCUAACCAUCAGGACGGUGACUGAGCAUGAGCAGGGGAUCCUCACGUGUGAGGCGCAAACACAGCGAGGACUGGUCCGGUGUCAGUUUAACACCACGGUCACCACCAAGCGAUCAGACGCGCCUCAUUUUCUGGUGCAGCCCAGGUCCCAGAAUGUUAAUGAAGGACAAAAUGUGAAAUUCAUGUGUGAAAUUGCAGGAGAGCCUUCUCCUGAAGUGGAGUGGUUGAAAGACAACAUGAUUAUAUCUGUCACAUCAAACUUGAAACUGAGCCGCUCUAAGAAUGUGUAUACUCUGGAGAUACGUGAAGCCACAGUUGCAGACAGUGGGAAAUACACAGUAAAGGCCAAAAAUCAGUUUGGACAGUGCUCUGCAACUGCGUCCCUCAACGUCCUCACUCUUGUUGAAGAACCGACAGAAAUUAUAAUCGCAGAACAAAGAGCUUCUACUGACACUGCAGCAAGCAUGCAGAAAAGAUUCAUGUCCUCCUCAGUUCACAUGGAAGCAGCUUCCAUGCAGGCCAGCAGUGUCAGCAGCAGCUCCCGCUCUGCUGCUGCCGGGUUUUCAUUUGAGAGCAUGUCUGCGACUAGCAUGUCAGCCACGAUGGCCGAGUCGGUGGUUUCCAUGAGCUCCAGGAGCACGAUGAUGGAAAUGUCUGCUCAUACGCAUGCCGAGUCCUCGUCCUCACUGAAGGCCCUCACCACGGGGAUUAAAAGAGGCACUCCACCAAAGGUCGAAGCUCUUCCAGAGGAUGUGUGCGCAGAGCCGGGGAAGUCUCUAACCGUAGUGGGGAUGUUCUCCGGAGACCCCACACCCUCUGUCCAGUGGGUCCGCUCAGGUCGGACGCUCCCCAAUGGGGAUGAGCGAUACCACGUGGAGAAUACCACUGACCUCUCCACCCUCGUGAUCUCUGCAGUGAAGGAGGCUGAUGCCGGAGCGUACACCCUCAGACUGUCCAACGAGCUCGGCUCCGACUCUGCAACCGUCAACAUUCGCAUUCGGUCCAUGUAAAAAGGAAGACAAAGUCAAUUCACGUCCCCCGUUUCCCUCAUCCAGAACCUCUUUAUUUAGUGACGCAGCACCAAUAAUCCUACUUGAUAAAGAUCUGGAUUUCUGUUCUUGUAAAUAUGAACUAUUUUUGACAUUAAUUUAUGCCAAACUAGACUAAAGUCUAAAGUUGUUAUAAAAUGUGCCAUAUUGGACAGUUAUGACUUAGGAUUUUUGACAGACGUUUCUGUGACAUGUACAUAAUGUAUAUAGCCGAAUUUAACGGUUAUGGGAAAUGUAUGCAUUGUUAUUUAUGACAAUAUAAUAUUAACUGAAACAAAAGAACAAAUGUUUGAACAGGAGAAAGUUUCCGCUGGAACGAAUACCCUGUGAAACCAAGAAACUAAAAUCUGUGCCUCAACGGUAAGUUGAAGUCUUUAAGAUUGCCUCGGCAGGUAGAGAGGUUCCCUGCUGACGUUAUAAAUCAGAAACAGAAGGACAACGUUUUUUAUUUUAUUUUAUUGUUUUUUGGACGCGCUCCUGAGCGUGGGAUAUUACAGUUUCAUAUGAAUUGUACCAUGAGCGUAAGACCCCGAGUGCUGUUUUCAUUACCCUCGUGUAAGCAGCGCAAAACGGCCUUGCGCUCAGACCGACUGUGUCGUACCACCACAAUUUGAUGACCGGCUCCGAGUGUGAGCGGCCUGCACUCGGAGCGUUAAGAUCAUUUUAAUGAAGAGCGCUGCUUCUGGCGCAGGACGGCCGGCCUGGCUUUGGAAAACAGAACAUCUCCUGGCCAAAUAAGUGAAGAGAAAGUCAGAGCCGGCUCUUCUGUGCAGAAGCAGCGCCGUCUCUCGGAGGACAGUUAGCAACAUGCUUUGUGUUUGAGUGUUUGUAGCUUUUAGUCGUUUCACCGUGUCAGUAGUCAGGGUCUCCUUCGUUCGCCACAGGGACUUCAUGUCCCGUGAAGAGAAAGCAGUUAAGUCUCGCCCUGCACUUUGAGUUCAUUGAUCUGUUGAUGUAGAAUUGUUUCCUCCUCCUUGAGAUUUGUGCAUUACUGAUUUAAUAAAGCAUGAUUUCAGCACUACA